AGAGGAGGGGCGAUUUUGCGGCAGGAAGAGGAGCUGCCGCUGCUCCCUGCAGCCGGGAAAUCCUCCUUCGCUUGCACAAAAUACACACACCCUCGGCUUUGCCCGGGCGGCGAUCCUUGCUCAGCCGGUGGAGAAGGGAGGUCCCCCUUUGGCACGUUAGGAAGGCUUGGUUUGAUGGCGCUGCAGCCGGGAGUCUGGGAGGUAAGAGUUUCCUUCCUCGCCGCCGCCGCCAUCCUCCUCCUCGCCUCUUCCAUUCAUUGCUGGUUUGCAGCCCCAGCAGUUGCGGGGUCCGGGCUGCGGCGCCGCAAAAGGGGGACACGGAAUUUCCUCCUCGCCGCUGCUCCCCAAAGUGACAUUUGCCCAUUGAUUCGCAAGCAGGUAGGCGCGCGCGCUUCCUUUUGCGCCUUUUGCGCUGCGGGAGAGCUUGCAGCGGGAGGCGCAGGGCAAAACUUUCCCCUGCAGCCUGGUUUGUGUGUUGUGUGUGUGUGAUCGGCCUCGGGGGGGCUCCCAUCCGAGGCCGAGAGAGCUCAUGGGAAGCGGGGACUCGCUUCGCCCAGCAGAAAAGGCCAUGCGCCCCUCGCUUCCUUGCGCCUAGACGCGCCGCUUUCCUGGAAGAGUCUCGCAGGACUUCGAGGUUUUCUCUCCGCGCAUUUUGCGUGGGUGUUUUGCUCCGCGACGCUUCUACACACGUGUUGCGUGUUCCCCACCCCCGCAGCUGUUUCACUCUCUUCCGAGGUUCACGUGGCGAGCGCCGAACAACAGUAAGCAAGGUAGCCUUUUGUUAAAGGCUUCCAGGGGGUUGCAUUGAACUGAAUGCAGUGCGCUGCGUUUCGUGAAACGUGCCCGGCAGAGCAGAUGGUUGGCCGAUGGAAGUCGCCGGGCAUUUCUUGCCAGUAAGUUCCCUGCAACGUUACAAGGUUGGCGUGGUUCGGCUCUUCCAGGGGCGAGGUUAUCCUUGGGUGAGCGGGGCAGACGUAUUUCCUCCGAAGCACAUGGCUUGCUAAAAAGCAAAGGGGAAAAAAGCUCUAGUAGCGCUGCCCAGACGUCUGACUGGACCUUGAUCUUUCCAAUAUCCUGUGCUUUAAAAACCAGAUUCCUCAUAAGCUGUAUAAAAGACGAGAGAGGGUUUUACGGAAAAGCUGUGAAAGUCCAGACUGUAAUUAGAUACGGUGCAAUAACCGUAUUCCACGUUUCUUUCAACUUGGCAGUUGUUCCUGAUCCUUUCCCAUCUGCUUGUUGCAGGAUUGCAGAAUAUACAAGUGUUAGUUGGUUUCUUUCCCUUGGUGUUUUUAGACUGCAACCCGACUCGCAGUGCCCUGGAAGUCCCAUUGAACUCAGUGGGUUUUAUUUCUGGGUGUACAUGUUACUGGAUCACAGUUCCCUUUUAAAAGUUACCAAUUUCCUUGACUCUUCAAAUAGUGCUGCUUGUCAGCCGAACAUUUUACAACUGUGAGUACAAACAUUGUUAGUGUUUAUUAAUUACCAAAGAACCAUAUUAUUAAUGUUUUGUCAGGCCUUUACUAAGUGUGUGCCCCAGAAAGGCAAAUAGAGCCCACCAUGCGUGGAUUUCCUGUAGGGGCAUGACACACCUGUUAUUGCUACCUGUCUGAGACUGCAAUAAGGGGGAGGAGGGUCAAAUAUUUGACAGGCCACAGGGCAUGCCUCGCGGGCUGCAUUUAGGCUGGGGAAUCAAGCUGCAAAUCUGGUGUUACUGAUCUUAUACAGAAGACUCAGCUAUACAGCUGCAAAUGAAACGUUUUAAGUGUGUUGUAAAGUGCGUUAUACAUAUGUGACACUAGAUGGCGGUGGUGAGCUAUGAGAAAUUCAAUCUAUUUUUUUUCAAAUCUUUUUUUUUUUAAAGCAUUUUCACAACUUUUUUUAUAUGUGUGUAGAUUCCACCAGAGUGUUUUGAAGUCAGUGCAGUGAUCCCAGGGAAUAUCCUCCCCUUCCCCAGCCCGUGAUUGUGAUCAGUGGGCAUGAUCCAACUGAAGCUUAAGUACACUUGGAUUCUAUUGAUUCCAUAUCAUAGAAUCAUAGGGUUGGAAAGAACCCUAAACAUCAUCUCGUCCAACCCCUUGCAAUGCAGGAAUAUACAGCUGUCCCAAAUGGGGUUUGAACCUGCAACCUUGGCGUUAUAAGCACCAUGCUCUUACCAACUGAGCUAAAGAUGCCGGAAGAUAUGGAGAGUUCAGCAGGUUCUUAAAUCCCCCAUGGAUAUUUGCUUAAGAUGGAUUUUACCCCAAUGUGUUAGGAUUCAGAUGAUACCUGGAUAAUUGACUGCAGCUUGCUUCUGGACUUUAGACGGCAAUCCUCACUGAACACAGGGGGACUUAUUUCUGGAUAAACCAUACAGAGAACUGCGCUGCUAAUUUCCUACAUUGUGGAACUGGUCCAAAUAAAGUUGGUCCUGCUUCAGCCUCUUUGAAAUCAGUGGGACUUAGUUGAUUUCAGUGGGACAUAAUUGCAGUUAUUACUUGCAGUGAUAAAUACUAAUUUAAAUGUUUCUGCAGGCAGAGGGCCUUCUCAGUAGUGGCACCCGCCCUGUGGAAUGCCCCCCCACCAGAUGUCAAAGAGAAAAACAACUACCAGACUUCUAGAAGACUUCUGAAGGCAACCCUGUUCAGGGAAGCUUUUAAUGUUUAAUAGACUAUUGUAUUUUAAUAUUUUGUUGGAAGCCGCCCAGAGUGGCUGGGGAAACCCAGGCAGAUGGGCAGGGUAUAAAUAAAUAAAUUAAUAAUAAUAAUAAUAAUUGCUGAAAAUAUAAAACAUGGGAUCACUAAUUGUAAAUUAUUUACAGUGACAAAAAUGCAUCCAACUUGACUGACAUUCCUUGAAGGUGUAUUCUGGUAACAUACCUGGAAAUAUAAUGUGUUGGCUUGAUAUUCAUAGGCAGAACUCUUAGGAUUUAUGUACCGUAUUUUUCACCCCAUAGGGCGCACCUAGUUUUUUUUUGGGGGGGGAUAAAGAAAAAAAAAUUAUUUCCCCCCCAGGCGCGGGGCUGGGGCGGGUGAAGCCCGAGCUUCCCCUGACCCCAGCCCCCAGAACAGGCAGCUCUCCACAAGCCUUGGGAGACCGGCGCAACUUCCUGCCAGGCUCCCACGGCUUGCGGAUAUCUGCCUGAAGCCCAAACCAGGUCGGGGAACAGCGGGAUGACGGCGCUCCGCCUCCCCGCUGUCCCCCGAGCUUGUGGGGCUGGUGGCAGGGAGAAGCAUGCUUCUCCCCGCCGCAAGCACCCAAACCAGGUCUGGGGCAACGUGCCCCAUGCUUCGAGAUGCAGGUUGCUAUCUGGAAGCCUAAGGAGCCUGACGGGAACUCCCGCGUCUGAAGCCUGGAGAGCGAGAGGGGUCGGUGCGCACCGACCCCUCUUGCUCUCCAGGCUUCAGCGAAAGCCUGCAUUUGCCCCAUAGGACGCACACACAUUUCCCCUUCUUUUUCGGAGGGGAAAAAGUGCGUCCUAUAGGGCGAAAAAUAUGGUAGCUGUUGUUGCUUCAUACAAUGUCUUCCAUUGUAUGCAGUGGUAGAACCGUGUGACUUUUCUCACCAUGGGCAAGAAAACUUGAGGAGCAUCCUUUAGGAAGUUUUCCUGUACUGGGCCCAUUGAAAUCUAUGGAGUUGCACAAGAGUAACCACGAGCAUCUGUGCAGCUCUCAUUGAUUUCAAUGGGUCUUGUUCAAAAAAACUUCUGGGGGAAUUGUGCUCACACUAAUAUAGUGCCAAACCUGUGGUAUUGACUGAUCAUUUACUUUGCAAAACUUUAUUUGUUUUCAUGCCAACUUUUCAAAAUUUGAAUAAUAGCUAUUAAUAAAUAUAUGUUUUGUAGGUGGCUUAGAAUAGAUUCUCAGUUUGGAGGAUUUCUGCCGGAGGAAAGCUUUAAUGAAACUGAAGAAACAAAAAUGUAACUUGCAUCUCCCUUGCAUAUUACCCAUUGUAUGAGCCAUAUUUUAAAGCUCAGCAUAAAUUUACAUUUAAAGCAUGGAUUUGAUUAUAUCCCCAGCUCCAAAAUAGCCUGAUUAUGCAGAUUUGGCACAAAGAUGAUACCAGUUAAAAUGUAAGUCGGCCAGGAAAAGUUACAUUAACACUGAUAGGGGUAGGGAGCAAUCAGUAUCUGAGCUGUCAGUAUAGAAAAUCAGUGUAUAUAUUUUUACUGGGCCUGCAAGAGUGAUUCAUCGCUGAUGGAAUUAGGAAUGAUACGAAAAGUGAAAAUUGUAAUGAAAUGGCACUUUGAACAGGGUGGCUGCUCCAGAAGUGAUACAAUAGUGAAUGUUGCAUAGAAGGCUGAAGUGCUGAGUAGUUAUUUACCGCCAUAGUUAAUUGGAACCACCCAUGUUAAACCACAGAGCCUAGGACUUGCCGAUCAGAAGGUCAGCGGUUCGAAUCCCCGCGAUGGGGUGAGCUCCUGUUGCUCAGUCCCUGCUCCUGCCAACCUAGCAGUUCAAAAGCACGUCAAAGUGCAAGUAGAUAAAUAGGUACUGCUCUGGCGGGAAGGUAAACGGCGUUUGCAUCCGCUGCUCUGGUUUGCCAGAAGCGGCUUGGUCAUGCUAGCCACAUGACCUGGAAGCUGUACGCCGGCUCCCUCAGCCAGUAAAGCGAGAUGAGCGCCGCAACCCCAGAGUCGGCCACAACUGGACCUAAUGGUCAGGGGUCCCUUUACCUUUAUGUAGAAAGGCGCUGUAUAUCUGAGCGUUAUAAUUUGAGGAUGUUUAGAGGAUUCCCUGCUUAUGAGUUCCUGGAGCUGGGUUGGAUAGCCAGUGGGCAGUGUUAGAAACUCAGAUAUAUAAGCUGGACACCAAAUGGCUCCUUAAAUAUGAAUGGUCCAUGCCACCAUUAAGAAAAAGAGGUAGGUACAGUAUAGACCAAUAUAUGUGGGCUUUCCCAAGGUUACAGUCACCAAAAUGAAAUAUAUAGUUGUCAUUUUUCGGCAAGACAGCUCCAAUGCCUUAUUUUUCAAAUAAUGGACUGGCUGAUUGCUUAUCUGUUAAACAUCUGACUUGUUCAGACGACAACCUUGAGCUAGGUUACGAACUUGGAGAACUUAAAGAAGAAAAGUCACUUUAUCCAGGGAAAGCCCACAUCUAUAUUAGCCUAUACUGUAUCUACUUCUUUUUCUUAAUGGUGGCAUGGACCAUUCGUAUCAUAGGAAUAUUUUUCACAGCUGUGAGCAGUGCAGUGGGGUGGGGUAAGUGAAGACAAGCUACAACAGUUAACUAUAAUGUUGUUCACUGCUCCUCCUCAGGCUGCACAGAAAAGGCAUUUUGGUUCCUGAAAUUCAUUGUGAUUGUGCAAAUAAAAUAUAAUAAUAAUAAUAAUAAUAAUAAUAAUAAUAAUUUAUUUAUUUAUACCCCGCCCUCCCCAGCCAAGACCGGGCUCAGGGAGGCUAACAACCAAUAAUAAAAACAAGUUGAUUAAAAUACAAUUUAAAAAAGAUUAAACUACAACAUUAAAACAUUAGGAUGCAGCCUCUUCACAGGAGGAGAAAGGAAAAAUAAAGAGGGGGAGGGAAUCAAACUGAUUCUAAGCCAAAGGCCUAUAUAUAUAUAUAUAUAUAUAUAUAUAUAUCAGAUAGAAUUCUACAGGAAGGAGUAUUCGUGUGUGAAAACGGUCAAGAUCCAGUGAUUCCCCAAGCAUGCACCUCCAGAUGUCAGGUGCCAUCAUAAUGCCCAGGCAUUUUUAACUUGCUCACGAGUUGCCGAUAGUCAGGGGCAAAAUGCGCCUGGCUCAUUUCGAACACUGCCUGUGGCCCUCCAGAUGUUGAUGGACUACAACUUCCACCAUCCCUGACCAUUGGUUAUGGCCGAUGGGUGUUGGAGUCCAACAACAUCUGGAGGCCCAUGUUUUAGCCACUCCAGCUUAGAAGCAUCUGGCUGAGUACUGCUAGAAACCAGAUUUCGUAUGUUGGGGAGCUCCACAGGUUGGCGUCAAAGUUAUUUGUGCUUUAAUCCCAUGGAAAGCGAUAGAACAAAUGAGUCUAGUUGAGGUGUGAGGGAUCUGCGGUCUGACUUCAGGUAGCCCUUGGAAUAAUCUGCAUCCUAAAUUGGUAAUCUGCGGCCUAACUUCAUGUAGCCCUUGGACUAAUUUCAAGCCAAGGAGCCAGCAGGCUAGUAUUACAGUUUGCAGAAGGAGGUUGAAGCAUAGCUGUCAACUUACAGAUUUGAAAAUAAGGGACCAGCAGCCUCGCAAAUAAGGGAUCAGCAGCCAAAAUAAGGGAUUUUCCUUAGCUUAUGAGUUCCAUCGGCCCUUCCCCACCCGAGAGGGAGGGAGAGAGACUCUCACCCACGCCACCCAUGAGCCCGGCAUGAGGUGGUUGCGGCACCACUGUGGCCACUGAAGUGCCGCCCUUCUGUGUCCCUCCCCAUCCCCUCCUCUUCCUCCUCCCUCAGGCCACCGCUGCCGCCUCCGGCUUCCCCUGGCAGCGCAGCGGAAGUCUCACAAGAGAGGGGCUGCCUGCCUGUCCGCCGCCACCCGUCUUUCACAACGCGCCCCUGAGGGGGAAAAGGGAGAGAAGGAGACGCGGCAGCUCGUGCACACGCUCUCUCUCACUCUCUUGCGGAGGAGGACCCCGAGCCGCUGCUUCCCUCCCGAGCUGGGCGAGCAUGAAACCCGGGAAAUUUAAGGGACAUCAUCGAUCCAGGACAGCAGAGGGACGCGGUGCUGUGAUAAGGGAGUUUCCCGCCAAAUAAGGGACAGUUGACAGCUAUGGGUCGAAGGCGAGAGUACAGGCCUUUCUUGAGGCUAUCCACUUUGUUAAUCUCUCAGCUUAGUCUCUUGCUUCACUUAGGUGCCACCUCGCUCAUUAACUCACUGCUUGGCUUUAGGCAAAGCCACCGUCGUGUAUUCCUGUCACGCAGAGUAUAACAGUACUGGCAAGAUCCUACACAGUGGUUAUCAAUACUAGGGUAAUGUAUGCAGAGCACUAUGCAAACUUAGCAAAAGCUGCUUCUUAACGCUGUUCUUAUUGAUUACAUUUCUAUCCCACAUUUCCUCAAAGGAGUUCAAGGUACCCAACCACCUCCUUUAUCCUCAACAAGGACCCAGUGAGGGAUAUCAGGCUGAGAGAGUGGCUAAUGCAAGAGGUGGCAUUCGGUGUAAGUUUUAUUCAGAACAGACCUGUUGAAACAAAUGAACCUAACUGAGUGACGUUCAUUAAUUUCAGUGGAUGCGCUCUGAGUAAAACUUAGUUGCAUGCCAGCCAGAGUUUCCCAGUGACCUUCAGGAAGGUGUGGAGAUUCAAACCCAGGUUUCCAAAGUCUUAAUCCAGUGGUUAAAAUAAGAAUAACAGAAUAAUAGAAUCGUGGAGUUAGAAAGGACCCUGAGGAGCAUCUCGUCCAACCCCCUGCAAUAAUAAUAAUAAUAAUAAUAAUAAUAAUAAUAAUAAUAAUAAUAAUUUAUUUGUUUAUUUAUUUAUUUAUAUCCCGCCCUCCCCAGCCAAAGCCUGGCUCAGAGCAGCUAACAACAAUAAAAGUAACACAGUUUACAUAAAAUCACAAUCAAUUAAUUGAAAUAUGCAGGAAUAUGCAGCAGUCCCAUGUGGGGAUUGAACCUGCAACCUUGGCGUUAAUCAACACCACACUCUAACCAACUGAGCUAUCCAGGUUCUGAAAGUUUUUUCUCUAGCCCACACUUUCAGAAUAAAAAAUUUUGCUCUCAGCACGCUGGGUUUUUUUUAAUUUUUUAUUGAUAAGAAAUACAUUCGAAAACAAAAAGAAACAACUUCUGACAAAUUGAAUACAUUUGACUGGAUAUACAGCAUUCAUGGUCCGAGUAGCAAUAAAUCUGGCUUAGUAACUUGCUAUUCAGCUGGUCACCUGUGGUGAGUAACAAUUGCCCCCAGGCAAAUAGGCAGGGAAGCUUUACAAAAGUUGGUUCCUUUUUCUGUUUGAGGCACAAAUGACUAACAUGGAGUGGGUGUGAGUAGGCUGGUAACAACUUUCGCUGGCAUGUCAUUUUGAGGAUUUAUUUCCAAGGCUGCAGUAAAUCCUGUAUUAAAUGAAUUUUUUUAACUGUCGGACGCGAUAGAGCUAGAGAAAUAGGAUUAGAAGGGGAAUUUUUCCUUAAAUGGGUGUGUUUCUCGUGGGGUCCUUGCAAAGUCAGCUGCCUGUUUCCAUUGUUGUAGAAGUGGACAAUAUAGAAGUUAUGGCAAAGACAGCUGAUGUUCAAAACUUGAUGGGUUGAUAACCAUCAUUUGUUUACAUUCUGUUUUGAUCUUCCAUUUGUUAACUUGCUGUAAUUUCAGAUACACUCACUUUAAUGAUAUUGUCUUACAAGGUUGUCUUACAGCGUAUGCAGUUAACUAACACUCAGGAGUUGCUGUGUCUUCUUCCCCCAGCUUCCAUUUGCCUUCAUAAUAUAAUACGUACACACGUCAUUUGUAUCAAACACUGAUGUAGUCAUUGGUUUUAUCCUUGACCCAUGCUUCCACUCAUACAUUUGCACCAUUUAUUCAUCACGUUUAACACACACGCAGAGCAAUCUGUUUUUUAAAAGUUGAAAAACCGUUGUGUUGUUGGCAUCUGUCUGUCAGGGAGACAAUGAAAGGGCACGCCUUCAGGGGUAGAGUCAAACCGUUGGAGAGUUAUAGCGCCUGCUAUGACUGUAGAGAGGGACGCAGGUGGCGCAGUGGGUUAAACCACAGAGCCUAGGACUUGCUGAUCAGAAGGUUGACGGUUUGAAUCCCUGCGACGGGGUGAGCUGCCAUUGCUCGGUCCCUGCUCCUGCCAAUCUAGCAGUUCAAAAGCACGUCAAAGUGCAAGUAGAUAAAUAGGUACCGCUCCAGUGGGAAGGUAAACGGCGUUUCCGUGCACUGCUCUGGUUUGCCAGAAGCGGCUUAGUCAUGCUGGCCACAUGACCCGGAAGCUGUACGCCGGCUCCCUCGGCCAAUAAAGCGAGAUGAGCGCCGCAACCCCAGAGUCGGUCACGACUGGACCUAAUGGUCAGGGGUCCCUUUACCUUUAUGACUGUAGAGACCAGGGGUCAGCAAACUGUUUCAGCCAUGGGCCGGUCCACUGGCCCUCAGAUCAUGUGGUGGGCUGGACUAUAUUUUGAAAAGAAAAAAAUGAACGAAUUCCUGUGCCCCACAAAUAUUUUAAAUAACCCAAACCCAAACCCAAAUAUUUUAAAUAACAGCACACAUUUUACUCAUGUUAAAACACCAGGCAGGCCCCACAAAUAACCCAGAGAUGCAUUUUAAAUAAAAGGACACAUUCUACUCAUGUAAAAAAAAGCUGAUUCCUGGACCAUCUGCGGGCCAGAUUGAGAAGGUGAUUGGGCCGCAGGCUGCCUACCCCUGGUAGAGACCAGUACAGGAGAGACAUGUUUCAUUGUAGCUGGGGCAGAUGAAGGCAUCCGGUUUUGCUGCUAAAGGUGAACUAUGGUGCUUCUCUCUGUGGUCUUCCCAGGGACCAUUCCUCCUCUGGUCAUGGCUGUGGAUAAUAAUAAUAAUAAUAAUAAUUUAUUUAUUAUUUAUACCCCGCCCAUCUGGCUGGGUUUCCCCAGCCACUCUAGGCGGCUCCCAAUCAAGUGUUAAAAACAGUACAGCAUUAAAUAUUAAAAAAUUCCCUGAACAGGGCUGCCUUCAGAUGUCUUUUAAAGAUAGGAUAGCUGCUUAUUUCCUUCACAUCUGAAGGGAGGGUGUUCCACAGGGUGGGUGCCACUAGCGAGAAGGCCCUCUGCCUGGUUCCCUGUAACGUCACUUCUCGCAAUGAGGGGACUGCCAGAAGGCCCUUGGCGCUGGAUCUCAGUGUCGGGCUGAACAAUAGGGGUGGAGACGCUCCUUCAGGUCUACUGGACCGAGGCCAUUUAGGGCUUUAAAGGUCAGCACCAACACUUUGAAUUGUGCUUGGAAAUGUACUGGGAGCCAAUGCAGAUCUCUCAGGACCAGUGUUAGGUGGUCCCAGCGGCCACUCCCAGCCACCAGUCUAGCUGCCGCAUUCUGGAUUAAUUGCAGUUCCCGGGUCACCUUCAAAGGUUGCCCCACGUAGAGCACACUGCAAUAGUCCACGACCUGAAUGUCAUGUCUCCAAGCACCACAAUUGUCUGCAAUGGAUUCCCAUAGGGCUGGGUUAAUGUAAUAUUGCCAGCCUUCAUGUCACAUUUCAUGUCCUUGGGGAUCCCGCCAUCCUCCUUUCUGUGUACAUGACCAAGGCAGCAUAGAUGUUGCUGAGACACAAGUGUCUGGGAAUGUGGGCCUGGAAGAGCACAUCUUUGAGAUUUGGUUUUCCAUGACGUCACAAGUUCCAGCCAAUUAGUGCUGUGCACAUCGAGCUUUUCCUUUGGUCACAUGGAACCAGUUUUUUUCUGUGCUCGGUUACCUUGAUGAGAUUUCUUCCCAUAGGCAUCUUGUUGGCCAUUGUGGUGCUACACUCGAUGAGCCUUUCAACUGAUCCAGCGGUACUCAUACAGUAUGUUAUUUUCUUAAUAUAGAAGGAAAUAUUGUGUAUCCCGUAAGGCAAAGACUUGGGAAGGACUUCAGCUCCCUAGUUGGCAACUAAUUAUGCAGUAUUAUUAGAAGAUGGGCCUACGUUUUAAAACUAUUUCCAAAUAGAUAUUGGAGACGUCAAGCUUCAGGCCACUUAACUUCAGAAUAAUUGUACUAAUGAGUGGAACUAAUUCCAAAUAGAUAAUUAUCUGUCUGCCUGUCUCUCCAUCCUUUAGUUGUCUUGUGUCGUUUGAUUGCUCAGUUGAAACAGAUGUUAAUUACCCUUUCUUUUCUUUCUUGCCCCUUCUCUUUCUUUGUGCAUUCAGUAACAAUACAUUUUUCAAUUAAUCAUCAUCAGAUUUUUUGAUUAGCAGUGUGGCUAGUUUUUAAAAUGAGGGCAAUUAACAUUUUCCAUUAUAAUCCUUUUGUCGUCUUCUUUCUGAUCCAAUUACUAGAAUGAAAAGAGAAUUUUGAUCCUUCUAGGGGCAGCGGCAUUCAGGGAUCUAAAACAAUUAACUGCUGUACCGUGAACUAAAAGCCAUAAUUUGGGGGAGGGGUUCUGGAAAAAGCAAACAUGGAACAUUUUUAGAGCUCCUCAUAAAAUAAUCGCAACCAAAUGACUGUACCUCCCAUUUGCUGGAUUGCAGGUUUUUCUUUCUUAGUUGUGACUGAAACACACCCAACAUAUGGUAAAUUGGAUAAUCAGCUUAAAUAAAAACAAGCAUUUUCCACACAGUGUACGGUAAAUAAAGCAAUGAUUUCUUGAAUUGAGAAUGAUGGAUAGGAAGAAAGAAAGAAAGAAGCAGGAAAAAUAGCCAUACAACACACACAUCCUUGCUACCUGUCCCCCUUAACAAAAAGAAGAAAGAAACCACUUUUAAAAACCAAAUACACCUUUUAUAUUGAUCAUCAAUGGCAACAGGGAGCUGGACCUUUCCACCGAGUUUUCCAUGAAUUUUACUAUUUGUGUGGGUAGAUUCACAUAGACUAUGAAUGACCAUAAUCUAUUUUGGAGAGCAAUGGGCAACUGGGAACACUUUGUGUAUCAGUUAUUUGCCACACAGGGAACUUUGGCACACUUCCCGCACUGGUUUGACAAAAUAGGUGAUCCUUUUGGUUUCAUCGCUGCUGUUCCUAUUACUCUAAUCAUAAUGCCAGAGUCUUUGUGAACCUUAUGUAAAGUAGGAAAUACAUGCACAAAGGUCCAAGUAGGAGCUACGGCAGGGACACAGACAUGGCAAAGUGUCGUCCAUUUUGAUCCAACAUGGCUGCUCUACUGUCUGCGUAAAACAUACCAUAACUGCUGGGUGUGAUGGAGGUUUUGCAGGCCUAGCAGGGCUCACAUACCCUCCAAUAUUCCUCCGAUGAAAAUAGGGACAUCUUGUUAUGUACUGAAGUUCUCACCCUGGGCCAGCAGGGGGGGAUACUGUAGAUAGUUUUCACUCAGGUCCACAUAUGCAAAUAAGGGAUUGAAAGUAACGUUCAGUGAUUGGAUAGUUACAGAAAAUGGUUACUGUUGCAUUCUAGUGGAGCUCUAUAUAAGCAGGCUGGCUGAACCCUUCAGUUCAGUUCAGUUCUGGCCUGUGAAUAAACAAGAGCUGUUUGAAGAAUCGCUGUGUUGUCUGAUAUGUUCACCCACAACUUAACACAUCCAGUGCUAUUUUUGUAGAAAAAGAUGCGCAGAAACACACCAUGAACACCUCUCUUGUUCUCUUAGAAUGGCAACGGUACCCACCUGAGAGGUGCAGGGACUGAGUUCCAGUGAGUUCUGGCUGGAAAAAAUGCCCUGGAGAUGGCCUAUUCCAUUACCCUCCAACAUUUCUCCAAUGAAAAUAGGGACGUCCUAAGGGAAAACGGGACAUUCCGGGAUCAAAUCAGAAACCAGGAAAGCUUCUGCAAUCCAGGACUGUUCUUGGAAAAUAGGGACAUUUGAAGGGCCUGGGUUGAGAUUAACACACAGUGUGUCUUUGUGAGCAGUCAUAGUGCUCAUUAGUGAUAUAUCUGGUUACUGCUCAAUGUUUUUUAAGCCAUAGAGAAAUUGGCUUCUUUUUGUGGCAGACAGUGAUACGUAUGUUUGUCAAGUUCCUGUUUGAUUCAUGCUGAAACUAUUUCUUCCGCUGCCCAACCCAUUCCUAUGUGCUCUUUACUUUUCCACUAUAUUUGCAAAGGCGGUGUGACCAGGUCAUAGAAUGAAUCUCAUACCCCAGAUAUAUGAAACCUAUCUCCAGAUGGACAAUAGGCAUUGUAUAUUUCUAGAUACUUAUUGUUAAGGUCAUAGCUGUGGAAUGUGUAAAAAAAAACCCCAGCCUGAACACCUUGAACACAGUCCAGAAAAAGUCAAGCGCUUGGAGGUCCCAGUGAUCUCAGUGGAGAAGCAAAACACCUGUUUUAGUUUUCCUUGUUUUUUGGGAAUAUUCCCUAAGGGUCUUCCAGCUUGAGAUUUGUCGUUGGGAGAGGUAAGAAGCAAAGAAGAUGCAACAGGCAUGAAAACUGAGGGAACUGCUAUUCAGGGCCAGCUCUGCUGUUAGGCAGAGUGAGGUGGCCACUUCAGGCAGAAGAUGCUGAGGGGCAGAGAAUGGACAAAGCUGUAAGUGCCGUGCAGUCUGCCCUGUAUCCCCUAAGCUCACCUGCUGCCCUCAAGUGCACUCUCUGCCCCAUCACCGGUGUUGUAGUCAGAGUCACUUGCUAGUCUGGUUGGCUUUUGUACGUAGAACAUGAUAUGUACUACCUUGCUUUUUGAUUCAGGUAGCAACAUGUCUUGGGGCAGCCCCGACUAUGUGUUACAAGAAAAAGGAGCCAUAUGUUAUGUAAAUUCUCUCCUUAGUAUCUAUAAUUUCUUACCUAAUUACAGCCUGUGAUUGGGGGAGGGGGUGGGACACCUCAACAAAACGCUGCCAUUUUUAGUGGCAGCCUUAUGUUCUCUGCAAUGUGUACUUUUUUGGCCUAAGGUUAGGCCAAAGGCUUCAUAGGGAAAGUGGAUUUCCCAUGCAUGCAGAGCUCUGGGUGCCGUUCCUUGGGUUUCCUUUGAGAAUUUUGAGUAAUGGGUUUCCCAUUAUGAAUAAAGGACAUACUCCUGUAUGGUAGAGUGUGAUGGAAUGUGGGAAACUGUUUAGACCCAUACACAUAGUUAGGAAUGCCAGUUUAGGUUUAGGUUCCAUGCAGCUGAUGGACUGUGGUCCACGAAAGCUUAUGCCGAGGACUUGUUAGUCUUUAAGGUGCCGACGACCCUUUGCUGUGUGUGCUUAAUGGUUCUCCCACUGAACUCAAUAGGACUUAAAAGUGAUUAACGUGAAUGGAUUGUGCCACGUAAAAUAUGUGUUGUGAAAAAGCAAUGUAAGCAAACAACCAUUCUAGUUAAGGCAUAAUGCAGUUUUUCAUGUCAUAGGCUGAGACACCUGUGCAGGUAUCUGCGUGGGGGACUGUGGGGCAGGGCUUAUUACUGGAAUUUAGUGAACUAUCUGACACUGUAUCAAGAGAAGAAGCAGUUAAGAGUCCUACAGAAUUGUAGAUUUGGAAGGGACUACAGGGAUCAUCAAGUCCAACCCCUUCAGUUCAGGAAUCUUUCACCCAACAUGGGGCUCGAACCCUUGCCCCUGAGAUUAAGAGUCUCAUGCUCUACCAACUGAGCUAUCUGUGUGGGAACUCUGCAAGCAGCAGCAAAAAGAAGGAAUUGCUCAGUUCCUGUUUUAGGGCCAGAGCAGCCAGGUGAGUCCUGUUGCCAGGCAAGGGAGGGUGUGUGACAAUACCCAACGGGGAAGCAUUCAUGCUACAGUUAUUUUUAAUAUCUGCACAUUGUAAGAUGAGCCCUACUGAAACAGACCAAAAGCCCUUCUAGUCCAGCUUCCUGUUUUCACAGUGGCCAGCCAGAUCCACGGACCUGUGUGUAACUGCAGGAUGUAUGGAAAUAUCCCCAUAUCCUCAGGGCAUCUCCACACUUCAUCUGUGGGUGCUGUCAUUUCCUCAAUCCCAUAUAGUGUUGAUGACAGCCGCUCAGGCAUCUUUGAACCUUCACGUUGGGGAGGAUGCCUGGCAUAUUCAAAUAGGCACUUGCAAACUCUCCUCUGUUGCUUAUGGGGCUUUCUUUGAGGGGGUGGGGCACCCCAGAAAGUAGAAUUAAGUUUGUGAAGGUGGGGAGGGGCAGAAAUUCAGAAAGUUUUAGAGGCGUGGCAUGGUGUAAAGAGCUUCCUCAAAUUUCCAUGUAUAAAAUUAAUAGCAGUGAUGUGUUCUUUCUUUCCAGAGAGCUGAGUUGCACGACAGGACAAAUUGUUAAGAGCUGCUACACGGAGUGCAAAAUGAACAGCGAAGCUCAACAUACAAGAUGCAGAGGGCAGUCCAAGUGAAGCAAGUCGGGUUGAAAAUGUCUGCGUGUAGUGAUUUUGUGGAACACAUCUGGAAGCCGGGCUCCUGCAAAAACUGCUUCUGCCCCAGACACUUCCACCAGCUGCAGGCGCCGCCCCUGGACCUGGGAGGUAGCUGUGGCCUCUUGCAGGAUCUGAAUGGAACCAGAGCCAAAGCUGAGCCUACGGCUCUGGAGGAUGACGGAGUAGUUUCCUUGCCUUACUCCAAGCCAACAAUUGCCGUAAAACCAACGAUGAUAAACUCGGAUGUUGCUGAUGUGUGGGCAGAUGGGAGCCUGAGUGCUGAUAUCCCACAGGUAAUGUUUAACAAGGGGCAUGGUGUGUUUUACAAGGUUCUUCUGUUGUAAAAAAAAUUGUAUUUGACGUAGAACAGUACUGGUAUUUGUUAUGACACAAUUGCUGCAAUUUUUCUUCAUUUAGCAAAGGAAGGUUCUGUUGUCAAUGGCUUGAGAUUCCACUCCUUGUCAGUAAGAUAGGAAACCCUUGCAGAUUUUCUGGGUGUGUUUCUAGGUUCUUGGUGGGCAACAUCCUCUUCAGAGAAUGUUGAAGAGGUUUCAGAGAAAGCCGGAAAGCUUUGCAUGCUUCCUCCAGGGUGAGCUCACCUGUGAACCUCCAAAUAUUAUUGGUCUACAAAUCCCGGUCCCGUCUCUGGCCUUGCUGUCUGGGGCUGAUGGAGUUGGAGUCCUGCAACAUCUGAACGGCCACAGGUUAGCCACCCCUGACUUACUUUCAUGCAAAACCCUUGCCAGCUGCCAUGUUACCCUUUGGAUCCAGGUGAGCCCCACUGCUACCCAGACUGACACGAGCAAGUUUUCAUUUGCCCUCUUCUAGGCAUCAGAACCUUCUGACCCUAGGUGCGCGUGAGAGUCAUUCAACUUCUCUCAGGCAUCUUCAGCCUGGACUUUAUUCCCUCAGGAAAUGCAGCAGUGCCUGCCUCCCAAAUCCAGCAUUCCUUGAGAUAGGUGAAUAGAACUCGAAUCGACCAGCCCUCCUCAUAUCCUCACCCCUUAACUACACAACAAUCCAAACAUCAGGUGCUGGGCUUGUGGUCAGAGGAUCUACUGCUUCUUGUGACUUCUAGGGAUCCUAACCCACAGGACGCUACGCUUGCCAGAAUGGUAGGAAGUACUUUCCUUGGUAAGUGGGCUUUUGGCGUUUGACAGCUUCGCUAUAGGGAGCUCUCAAGCCGUCCCAGAUGUGAAUACUUGAGGAAUUCGCGCUUUACACAUUCCAAUAUGAACUGAUUUGUAGCAAAGCUUCAAUAAGCACCAACUUCCAUACUUCCCCAAUAUUCAGAUGUUUGUUGUUGUUUAGUCGUUUAGUCGUGUCCGACUCUUUGUGACCCCAUGGACCAGAGCACACCAGGCACUCCUGUCUCCAGCAGUUUGGUCAAACUCAUGCUGGUAGCCUCGAGAACACUGUCCCACCAUCUCGUCCUCUGUCGUCCCCUUCUCCUUGUGCUCUCCAUCUUUCCCAACAUCAGGGUCUUUUCCAGGGAAUCUUCUCUUCUCACGAGGUGGCCAAAGUAUUGGAGCCUCAGCUUCAGGAUCUGUCCUUCCAGUGAGCACUCAGGGCUGAUUUCCUUCAGAAUGGAUAGGUCGGAUCUUCUUGCAGUCCAUGGGACUCUCAAGAGUCUCCUCCAGCACCAUAAUUCAAAAGCAUCAAUUCUUCGGUGAUCAGCCUUCUUUAUGGUCCAGCUCUCACUUUCAUACAUCACUACUGUGAAAACCAUGGCUUUAACUAUACGGGCUUUCAGAUGUAGUUUUUGGCUAAAAAAAGAGUAAAGUAUUUUGAAAUGUGUAUUUUGAGAGAGAGAGAAAUUAAUUAAAUGCAUUUAGAAGUGGUAACAAGAACUGAAACAGGGCAGAUUUAUGAGUGAACACAUGCACAAGUGGCAUGGGCUGAAAACAGACUCAUUUGUACACCGCGAGUUCCUAGGGGAUCCCACCUAGGGGAUUCUAUUAAACUCAGUCCUCUACACUGAGGAUGCAGGAUAUCUCAGCGAACUUGGUCUCCCACAAACAGACAUUGAAGUGGAACAUGAAUCAGUACUUCCACCUGAGAUUUGCCUUGAACUGUUCUGCCUCUUCUCCCUCUGAAGAGAAGGUUGUAAAUAAUGCUACAGAGUUUACUGUCAUUUCUUAAACUACAGUGUGUUGUAAGAAGUAUUUCAGGCAGAGAUGUGUGAACACAGCCGCUGCCACCACAACGCAUCAAGAAUUGUCACUGGUAUUUAAAAAAAAAAUCCUUUUUUGCUGCCUAUUUAAUGCCUUGGAUCUUUUCCCCAAGCAGACAUUUCUGCCUUAGCCUUGAUAUUUUGCUCUAGGCAAAAUUUGCCAGCAACUCUUAACUGUAGAUAAGACUUAUUAAGCAAAGAAAAGACCAGAAAGGUUGGCAGAAUGAGUAAUUUAUUUCAUGCACUAACUUGAAAGUACUGGUGUUUCUAAUUGGGCUUGGUUUUUAAUGAGCAAAAUUUCAUCAAAAUCAGUUAAAGCAGAGUUCAGCGUUCAGUUACCUACAUGUGUCACUGAAAGCCUUUUCAGGCAGGCCGUGAAUGAUUCAUGUCAGUUAGUGUGGAGAGAAUAGAAGAAAGGCUUUUCUGCUUAAGGGCUUCUGCUACUUUGAUUCUGGGUAUCUUUUUUUAUAUUCAUUUUUAAAAAGCAGUACUCUAGCCCUCUUUGUCCAGGAGAAAAUGGAAUGUGCCUCAAAGCUGCACAUUUGAAAGGGGAAAGAAAAAUAUAUUCCGAAGCCUACAUGUAUUAUGCUUUCAGAUCCCAUGAUUACAAAGUCUAUUUGAAGUUUUCGAAGACGUACUUUGUAAUUUUGAACUUCUGGGAUGAGUAGCUCAGGCAUUCUUUGUCAGAGCAUCUGAUUGGAAAAUUCACCUUUCCAGGAAGCAGGGACUCGUCAUAUUUGAUAUGAAAUUGUUGCCUGUUAAUACUUGCCACCCUUUUUCUCUGUUCAAAGCUGUGCACCACCUUUUUUCACUGUUAAAUUCAGAUUAAAAAUGAGGCUUCCAGCUUUAAUCAGUAGAUUAAUCAAGUAGCACUUGGAACUGACAUAUGUAGGGAGAAGAGUUUUAACUAUUUCCUCCCCAGAAACGAUCCCCAUGAAUAUUCCUCCAUGUGGCAAUUAGUAAAGGUAAAGGGACCCCUGACUCCAGUCGUGACCGACUCUGGGGUUGCAGCGCUUAUCUCGCUUUAUUUGCUGAGGGAGCCGGCGUACAGCUUCCGGGUCAUGUGGCCAGCAUGACUAAGCCGCUUCUGGCGAACCAGAGCAGCACACGGAAACGCCGUUUACCUUCCUGCUGGAGCGGUAUCUAUUUAUCUACUUGCACUUUGACAUGCUUUCGAACUGCUAGGUGGGCAGGAGCUGGGACAGAGCAACGGGAGCUCACCCCGUCGCGGAGAUUCGAACCACCGACCUUCAGAUCGGCAAGCCCUAGGCUCUGUGAUUUAACCCACUGCACCACCUGCGUCCCUUGUGGGCAAAAAACUCCCAUUGACCCACAACCCUGUUGGCAAUGCUGUGCAUUACACAUUUAACUCAAUAUGUAGUUAAGCCCUUCCUGCAAUAUUUGCACAGAAAGAAAAAGUAAAGAAAGAAGCCCACAACUUUGAAAAGUUGACACUGUGCUUGUUUACUCAGAAUUAAGUCCUGUUGAGUCGAUGGGACUUGCUUUCAGACAAGUGUGCACAGAACUGCAGCCAUAACAUCAUUCUGGAUCAGUCUGUAAAGGUGGCUGGGUGUGUUGAUGCACAAUGGAUGUCUCGUUUUUCUACUCAGCGAGAUCAGAAGUGACCAGUUAAAAUUAUUUUCCAGAUGAAAGCCCUGUUGUUUCUGCUGUUCUUGGGAAGAGAGUCUCCACACGGCUCUUUGAUGUUCUUCCUAACACACAGGUUUCCCUUAAUGUGGAGGGAUCCUCUCACGGCUUUUGAACUGCCGUGACUUUGCUUCUCAAUAAACCAGAUGCCAGUUCACAGAGGACACCGCCUCCUCCUUUGUAAUGCUUAUAACAGAUAUGGGCAGCAAGAAGGCUGCUCCAUUUUAUAGCAUGAAGUGGGAGAGGAAAUUAUCAGUUGCCCUGAACUGGGGGUGGGGAUGUCCUUGCCAGAGUGGCUUUUGUUUGAUCACUAACGUUAAUGAACAUUUCCCUCUCUUCUCCACUCUUAUUUUCCCAUUUAAGUACAUGCACUUUAGGCUGAGUUCUCCCUGAGAUGAUAAAACUGCGUGUGGGCUGCACAGUGCAGAUUGCAAGUGGGAGGGGUUCACAUGAGUCAACUGUCCUGCUUGCUUACUUACUUACUAAAUAAAUAAAUUCCUUCAUAUUGGAAACUGGCCUUUCAGGGAGAAGGCUAGACCUCCUCUCUUAGAGGGUAUUUUGUUUUGUUUUGCUUUGGUAUUUGUUGUUGUUUAGUCAUUUAGUUGUGUCCGACUCUUCGUGAUCCCAUGGACCAGAGCACGCCAGGCACUCCUGUCUUCCACUGCCUCCCGCAGUUUGGUCAAACUCAUGCUGGUAGCUUCGAGAACACUGUCCAACCAUCUCGUCCUCUGCCGUCCCCUUCUCCUUCUGCCCUCCAUCUUUCCCAACAUCAGGGUCUUUUCCAGGGAGUCUUCUCUUCGCAUGAGGUGGCCAAAGUAUUGGAGCCUCAGCUUCAUGAUCUGUCCUUUGCUUUGGUAUAGAGGAGCAUAUAAUCAGUUGAAGUGAGGGUUUUCUACCCUAGCAAGAACCAGGCCUUACUAGACUCAGAACAGUUCCACCUAUAUUAUUCAGAAUAAGAUUAUAGACUGAGAAUAGACGAGAGAGGGACAUAUUUUUGAAUGUGCACCCACAUUUAAAACAGCAACAUCUCCCAGCGCAUAGUGAACUAUCUCACCAGGGAGAAAGGAUCUCUUACCUGCAUGGACAGGGUGUGAGUGUUGUGUUUUUGUUUUACAUCAAUAAUAUGUCAUCCACACAUACAAAGUGAUGCAAAACAGAAUUGUAUUGUCUCUGUCUACCACCUUGGUCAGUGUUGUGUGUAUUAUUAUUAUUAAAAUUUCUAUACUGCCAUUUAUCUGUAGAUCUCAGGGCUCUUUAGGCCUCCUUUGGUUUCAUUUCUCCAAAUGAAGAUUUUAGCUCAGGGGUGGGGAAGUUUUGAGUCCACCUUCUAUCUUGCUCAUUCUUUUGUGGGCUGCAUGCAGGUGGGGAGUUGGAGCCAGAAGCAAAAGGUGGAUAACACCAGAAGCAAAAUGCUCUAUUCCAGCCACACAAAAGUCAGAGGUUUACAACACACACAGACACACAUAUAUUUCCACCCAGCCAAACAAUAUAUCCUAGUUCAAGGAUACGUUCCAGCUGGGCAAAAGCCGUUGAGAAGUGUACAGAGCAGGACUAGUGAGAGGUGCAACUUAGGGAGAAGAACACGGACUUCCAAGAGUCCCAUGGGCCAGAGAGGGGCCACAAUAAGCCCCUGAGCCCGAGGUUUUCCGCCCCUGGGAUUAGGCCUGUGUCAAUUUACCUGUACCUGCUUGCACAGUAAAGUAUGGAAAACCUGUGCAUGGCUUUUUUGCUUACAGAUGAGGAUAUUUUUUUUAUUUUAGAAUACCUGGACAGAGGGCUUUGGCCUUCUGCUCUUCAGUGUUUAGUAUUACAGCAGGACCACCCUAGUCAGUAGAUCUAAUUUGUUCUGUUAAUAGAUCUAAUUUUAUAAAUCUCAAGUUAGAAAUUACAGACAUAUAUAAUAUUUUUGUUUAUCAAUGCAGGUCAACAAGAGAAUGCCACCCAGAAAUCUUGCCUUGAUGAAAUCUGCAGAAGAACAAAGAGUGUGUAUUGACAAAUUCAGCAACAACAUCAUAAGGAAGGCUGUCAUUCAGAAUACUCCAAAUGAUCGUACUUUGCACAGUCCUCCAGGCCCUUCUUUGGCCGGUUGCUCAAGUCUUGAAAGCAGUGCAGAGAGAAAUGUCGCCUUCAGUAAUGUGGCAUUUCUGAAUGAUGUGGGUGCACGGGAGAAUGGAAAUGAAGUGGCCAGCAAGGAGAAGCUAUCCUUGCCAUAUCUGGGCCUCUGCCACAAUUCAUCCUUUUUGAGUGACAGAUGCAUUGGCUUUGCCGUGGACUCCGUGGGAUACUCUCCCAUCCACCAAAGAGAGGAAGCGUCACUUUCAGAAAGAGCUGCUAUGUUCAAUUCUUCCGAUUUAGAAAGUGAAGGCGGGGAGUACUGCUCCAUCACAGACUAUUGCAAAGAGGCUCCUGUCCACCAGGGGUUUGACAAUACCAAAACCAAAGAGGUGUGGCGUGAAAAACCUGUUUCAAAACUUCAGGCGUCAGAGGCUGUGACAAAUGCAAGAACUGAGUCCGUAGACGUGAGUUUCAGUGAAGGGGAAAGCAGAACCUUGAAUUCAGACUUUCAAAGGGGGGAGAAGCAUCCGCCACACAGUUAUGUAUACAACCACUUAUGUUCCGAAACUGACACAUUAGUAUUUCCCUCAGAUACUGGCAGUGGCCCCUGUGGUUCGCCCAAGGGAAAUUAUUGCUGUCCUUCGGUUAGAGAAUCAGAUCAGACUGUAGACAAGCGUAUAGAAAAUGCAAGCAAUUCCGCAGAGCAACAGCUUUCCUGUGAAGCAGCCUCUCAAAAUGAGCCUAUCUAUGCUGAGAGCACGAAGAGGAAAAAGACGCAGCUAAAUAAUGCCAACACGCAUGCAAGGUGUGAUGCCUUGACUUAUAGCCCCUCUAAAGAUAAACAAGAUGGCCUCUGGAGAGGGAAGCCUCUCCACUUGGAGUGCGAAAGAGAGUCCCAAGAAUCUGUCACGCAGGUACCAGCGACUAUUACCAUUGUGGCGGCCCACACAGAAGAUGACAACCGGACUAUUUUCCUUAGCAGUCCAGACUCAGCUGUAGGGGUCCAGUGGCCAAGUCCUAGCCCCACUUCUAAUUCAGAUGCUAGGAAAACGUCCCCUUUCUUCGAAUACAGAGAAAUGCCGCAAGCGAGCAGCGAGAUGAGCCCAGUGGAAAAUGAUCCAGGUCUUCAGUCCCAAACAACUAGCAGAAAUGGGAUAGGUGAGACUCCUGCUAUUCCCCCAAAAUUGUCCAAAGGGAGCCCGCCUAGAGGAGAGGGGCCUUUCACACAGUCUGUAAGUUCUUUUGUGGCAGAAACUUGUGAUAGCGACGGCCAUCGGGGUCUUGACAUUCCAAAGAACGGCGCAGAUAGCACAAUCUUUGAGCCCGCAUCGUCCAUAUGCCCUCAUACGAACAAAAUCUCUCCAGAGGAGUCGAACAAAGGUCUGGCGGCCUUGAGCUCUGAGAGGAGGCAGAAAUACUACAAUCUCUCCUGGAGCAGGCAGUGUAGGAUAGAGGAAGAAGAGGAAGAAGAGCAGGGAUUCUUGAAAAGCACACCAGAGACAGAAACGGAGAACGGGGCAAGCAGUCCCUCAAGUAUUUCUGAUUGCCAUCAGGGGGGGAAACACACUGUCCAGGACAACAAGAUUGCAGGAAUGAGCAAAUCGGCAUCUUUUGCCUUCGAGUUCCCUAAAGACAAGAAUGGAAUGGAGGAAUUUGCACCACCACCACCACCUCCAAAGAAACAAUCCAGGUACAGGAAAAAAAUGUUUUGUGUGCAUUCUUGUUGGUAGCUGUCAGAUGGCAAGGGUGGUUGCUCACGAGUAACCAGGCAGGACUCCGACCUGUCUUUUACAGGUUUUAUUUAGGUGCAAAACUACUGUAUUUUUCGCUCUGUAAGACACACCAGACCAUAAGACGCACCUAGUUUUUGGAGGAGGAAAACAAGAAAAAAAAUAUUCUGAAUCUCAGAAGCCAGAACAGCAAGAGGGAUCGCUGUGCAGUGAAAGCAGCAAUCCCUCUUGCUGUUCUGGCUUCUGGGAUAGCCGCGCAGCCUGCAUUCGCUCCAUAAGACGCACACACAUUUCCUCUUACUUUUUAGGAGGGAAAAAGUGAGUCUUAUAGAGCAAAAAAUACGGUACUUAUAGUGCAGAACCCCAAAGUUUAUGUCUGCUUCAAUCGCUAGCAGAAUCUGGGAGCGCUUGUUUCCUGGACCUCCCCCAACAUAAAAGUCUCGUUACGCCCAUCCUUUUCCUUCCCUCUUUGCGCUUUAGACUUCUGCACAGGGUGGGCAGUGGAAGGGGCGUGCUUCCCUCCUGGCCGGCUUGGCCAGAAGCGGUGCUGAGGCUCCCAGCAGCAUCCUCUGGUCCUUUCAUCUCUUCUCCACUGGAGGUGGGGCUUUCCUCCUCCCUGGAAGAAGAACUGCUUCGCAAGAUUUUCGGAAGGUCCCUGUAACACAACUGCCCCUCUGUUUCCCGCCCCUGUUCUGAUGACAGUUCCCUGACAGUAGCCAAAGAUCAAUAAGGUUGAGAUAAGUGAGCUUUGGUAUCUCUACAGUUGUAUCUUGGUUUUCGAACAGCUUAAUUCUCGAAUGUUUUAGCUCCUGAACGUCGCAAACCCGGAAGUGACUGUUCCGGUUUGUGAACUAUUUUUGGAAGCCGAACAUCCGAUGGGGCUUUCGAGGCCUCUGAUUGGCUGCAGGAGCUUCCUGCAGCCAAUCAGAAGCCGCGCUUUGGUUUCUGAAUGUUUUGGAAGAUGAACAGAGUUCUGGAACAGAUUCCAUUCAACUUCUAAGGUACGACUGUAUGUGCUAAAUUAUCACUUGGGGGGGGGUGUAGCAAAGUACUACCACCACAAUUACUGAUUAACACAGGGCUUAUCUAUAUAACAGGCUUAAAUCUGUUGCAUUGUCACAGCUUAAGUACCCUGACAAUCCCAGUUAUGUAAGGGGCUGCCAAAAGAGAAUUUCUGCCUGCUCAGUCUCCUGCCUUUUGUGGUGUAGCAUGUAGAAUAGUUCCUAGUGCUGCUUGUGGAAAGUUCAAACGAACUUCUUACUUCACAUGUGCAGAACUCUUGAUAAGAAGGCUAUACUCUGUCUUCCAAAGAGUCUUUAACACAGCAAGAAAACCCAGGAGGUCAGUUUCUGUAUUUUAAUUUUUUUGCAGUUGUAGGGAACAGCCUGAGUGCCCUUUCACGUUUGUGUGAAUUCAUGUUUGUGUGAAGUUAAUUCCCACAUGGUGUCGUCUAGCAGUUCCCAAACUACCCCCUGCCCAACUGAUCAGUUGAAAAUUGUUGAGGGUUUUGGGAGACCACUUGAUGAUUUUUGCCUUUUAAAAAAGUUUUUAUUGAAUAUUUUCUUGUGUUAGGAAAUAAACAAAUAAACAAGGGAAAGUACAUACUGUAUAGUGUCUCCACUUUCAAUUCAUAGGGUCUUUUCCACAGUUCAUUAAUGUUCAGUAUGGGACACUAAUGCCAUAGACAUCUUACAGCUAAGGGGAGAGAAGGGGAAAAGAAAUGAGGGGGGGAUAUGGGGGUAUUGUUCUGUUUUUAUAUUGCUUAGUGCUAGUGUGGGGAUUUGUGUCAGCAUCGUAUGAGUAGGUCCUUUAUUUAUAUAUUUAUAUAUUUAUUUAUCUUUAUUGGCAUUGCGAGGGGUUGGAGGAUCCAGAGUUUGGUUGGUUGUAUUCAGUUGGUUGCAAUGUGGCUUAUUUGUAUGGCGUGGGGAUGGGGGGGAACAUUAUUGGGUCAGGUUAGCCAUAUUGCUUAUUUUUUUUGACCUGUUGUAGUUCUCAAAAAGCACUGUGCUGGUGGGUGCUGGAUAAGUUUAAUCAUAUUUUUAUUGCUGCUUUUAUUUCUUCUAUAUUGUACUUCUUUGUAUUUUAUAGAACUCAAAUUGUAAUGUAAGAAAUAAAAGCAAUAAAAAUACAAUUAAAUAUCAGUAUGAAUAUUUAAUGCCAUGAAUGUGCAGCACCACAGUUUGAGAAUCCUGGUGUUGUCCAUUUUUUUUCUGAGAGGGUGAAAUGGAGGGUAACACCAAUAAGCAGAAGAACAAGGACUUCACAUGAGCUAGGAAAUAGGAGGAAAUAAGGAGAUGCGGGUGGUGCUGUGGGUUAAACCACAGAGCCUAGGGCUUGCCGAUCAGAAGGUCGGCAGUUUGAAUCCCCGCAACGGGGUGAGCUCCCGUUGCUCGGUCCCUGCUCCUGCCAACCUAGCAGUUCGAAAGCACCUCAAAGUGCAAGUAGAUAAAUAGGUACCGCUCCGGCGGGAAGGUAAACAGCGUUUCCGUGCGCUGCUCUGGUUUGCCAGAAGCAGCUUAGUCAUGCUGGCCACAUGACCCGGAAGCUGUACGCUGGCUCCCUCAGCCAAUAAAGAGAGAUGAGCGCCGCAACCCCAGAGUCGGCCACGACUGGACCUAAUAGACCCUUUACCUUUACCUUUAAGGAGAUGCAGUAGCCCAACAUAAAAUAAAUAGAAUCAAAAAAUAAAACUGGGUUGCCCCUGAGGAAGGGUUUCCCAUACACACUGGGCCAUAACAUUUCUUUAUAGUAAUCUGUGUCCUAGCACCUUUCCAAUUUCCUCUACCAAUUUUACCCAGACCAUUGCAGCCCUUCUCUUAGGCACCAUAUGGAAAACUAUUAAGAGCUUUUUUCUGUCUUCCGGUCUUCGGUGGCUGAUGCUCUGCAAAUGUAGCAUUUGAGCUGGGCCUCAGUUUUGUCUGGGCUCUGAAACUUUUUUUUUUUUACUGUAUUGCUGAUAGAUAAAACGGGUGCUUCUAAUGAUUCAGCAAUGAAUCAGUAACUUCUCUGGGAUUCUUUCCCUCCAACGAAAGCAAAAACGCGGGGAGGGGGUGGGGCAGGGAAAGCAGAUGUGUGUCGAAAAAAGCUUCACUUGCUCUGGAAAAAUCUUCAUUAUAUUUCUCUACGUGAAUCUGUUUUAAACACUUGCCCUGCUGGGUUAUUUUAUCUCCAGCGGCAAAGAGGAAGUCAUAACAAAAGGACUUUGACUAGUUGGAAGGUCAAAGAUUGACUGUGAUUAAGGGGUAAUGUUCUUAGGAGAGAGAAAUGAGAACCGCUGGAAACAAUUAAUUGGAGAAAUAGGGCUCUCUUACACAGAGAUUGUAUGGGGCUUGUCCUUUGUUUUCCGUGGGGAAUUCCUCUGGGUGUCUGCACCACCUUUUGGUCAGAGGCUCCAUUCUCUUGAGAGAGAAUAAUAGCAGAGUUCACAUAGUGGAGUUCCCCUGUCCAUCGGUACAUACACCCAAGAGAGACGCUUUAAUGUGUACAGAUUUCUAUCUGUAUUUCAACUUCCCCUUUGUGGGUUUGUAGGGAUCAAGUAUCUGGCUACUGUAACACAUGCUGUGGUAAGAUCUGGGCUGGGUUACUGCCAUGCACUCUGCAUGAGUUUGCUUUUGAAUAGCAUCCAGAAAGUUCAUCCAGUCCAGAACUGGGCUUCUAACAAGGACUAGGCCUUUGCUCUUACGCCAAGAGAACUGCACCGGCUUCCCAGCUCAUUUACAUGUUGAAUGCUAGUGUUAAACUUUCAUACUCUACGCUAGUGGAAGUCAAGAAAGUAGGUAUAUCAGGAUCUGCUGGUAGAUCUCUUGAGCGAUUUACAGUAGGUUUUGCUGAGUUUCCGACUCCCAACUAUUUAACAGUAACAGCAACGGAAAGGCUCUCCUUCCUCCUCUCUAACUGGAUUGCUGGUAUGAGGAAAGUUUAGAAGGAAACCAGGAGUGGGUUUUGUGUGAGCUCGGUGCAGCCAGCCUUUUGGUAAAGUGGGGUGGAGCAAACUGCUUUGGUGUUAGAUCUGGACUCCCCUGGGAGAGGUGGCGGAUCCAUCCGCUGCUGUGUCCUCAUCCGCUGGCCUCCUCCUCCUCCACUCCUGCAGAUCUCCUUUUGGAGCAAUGUGCUGUUACAACCAUAGCUGUCAACCGUCCCUUAUUUGGCGGGAAACUCCCUUAUCCCAGUGCCGUGUCCCGCUGCUGUCCCUUAUUGAUGAUGUCCCUUAAAUUUCCCGGGUUUCAUGCUCGCCCGGCUCGGGAGGGAAGCAGCGGCUCGGGGUCCUCCACCGCGAGAGAGAGCGUGCGCUGGCGCCAUCGUCCUGGCGCGAGGAGUUCCAUCGGUCCUGCCCUGCCCGAGAGAGGAGGGGGAGGGAGAGAGACUCUCGCCCGCGAGCCCGGAAGCGGCAGCGGUGGUGGCAGCUGAGGAGGUGGCCUGAGGGAGGAGGAAUAGCAAAAUCCCUUAUUUUGGCUGCUGAUCCCUUAUUUUUGAGGGUGCUGGUCCCUUAUUUUCAAAUCUGUAAGUUGACAGCUAUGGUUACAACUUCAGUGUGAUUUUACAAAUGGAGACCUACAAGGAAGGAAGGGCCAUAACAGGUGCAUGGCACAGUGCAGUGCUGGUGUCAUGAGCAGGGAAGCACAAAUACUGAAACAAGGGCCUCCCCGAUCCAUUAUUCACAAUGGUCUCUUGCCUCUCACGUCAUCCAUUCCUUUUUUACCUUCUGAAUUGUUUUGGAAUAAGCCUUGAUGCAAGGAGAGUUAGGAGCGUUGGUUUUUAUCUCUAAAUGCCCUUCCGUUCCACACCUGGACAAGACUAGUUCCUGUGAGAGGCUUACUCCCAAACCGCCAUAAUGAAAGAUGUAUCUAUUUUAUCAGCCAUCUACUCGGUCGCAACCGUUUGAGUCUAACCUGCAUCUCAAAUUGGGCUGUGAUCUUCACACCCCUUAAAAACCUGGCUGUUUUGGGCUUUUUAUUGAACCAGCUCAGUUCUCAGUGCUUCUAAGGAGACCAACAGCCCUAAGCCAUGUCUACUCAGGAGUAAGACCACUGAUUUCAGUGGAAUUUGCACUUUGAAGUUCUACUAUAAAAGGAACAAAAAAAGAGAUCUCACAAGGUUCAAGUCCUGUCCUAUAAGGUCUGGAUCUAGGACAUUUCCCCCUCAUUUUGGUCUUAGGGUAGAGCCUUGCUCCACAUGAUGAUAAUAAUGGUGUUGUGUCACAUAAGGACUUAGGUUUGCAAAUAAUGCCCAUUUCUGCUUUUCUAUAGAUUGUGGGGGGACGGACAGAAGUGGUUUUUCUGGUGGGGCAGAGCCACAGUGCCCAGUUGCAUUGCGGCAGCCCCAUCACUUGUGCACUGACUCACUUCCACAGAAAGAAGAAACUACAGAAGGGUAGCCAAUGUGGUACAGUGGUGCCUCGCAAGACGAAAUUAAUCUGUUCCGUGAGUCUCUUCCUCUUGCGGUUUUUCCGUCUUGCGAAGCACGGCUAUUAGCGGCUUAGCGGCUAUUAACGGCUUAGCGGCUUAAAGAAAAAGGAAACAAACUCGCAAGAACUCGCAAGACGUUUCAUCUUGCGAAGCAAGCCCAUAGGGAAAUUCGUCUUGCGGAACGACUCAAAAAACGCAAAACCCUUUCGUCUAGCGAGUUUUUCGUCUUGCGAGGCAUUCGUCUUGCGGGGCACCACUGUACCUUGCAGGUGUUGUUGGACUACAACUCCCAUGAUCCCUGACCGUUGGCCAUGAUGCUGGGAAUUAUAGUCCAACAACAUUUGGGAAGCUGCUCCUGUAUCCAGUCACAAACCAAAACCCCUGCAUGAGAGCUACAUUUUUAUUUUUUAAGCUCCUAGGUUGCAUCUUAUGUCUCCAAACUGAAAUCCGUGAACACUUGAAUGAAUAAAUUAAAUUUAAAUUAUGCCCUGUAUUUCUAGAUAUGACCGUUCUGAAUUUCUAAACUGUUAGUUUGCGAUGGAGGGGGAGAAGGGAUGUCGUGAGAGAACCUUUGUCUCGAUGAAUGGUCCACGAGCAAGUAAUCUCCGCAAAAGAUAAUCACCCAUUUUGUGUUAGGCGGUGGAAAGGGAGGGUCCGCCUUUGUGCGUUACCCUGAAAUAUGCCGCAGGCAACACUUAAAGAAGGAAAAGGUUCACUGUGAGAGAUGGAAAGUAAUUGACCACCAUUUAGUUAUUUUUAGCACUUAAAGCCACGACCCCUUUGGAAAGGGAACUGUAGAACAACAAUAAAAAAAUAAUGAUUGGCAAUAUGUACAUCUUCAGCCUUUCCACCUUCCAGAUCCAAAUUCAUACUCAGAUUAGGUUUAUAACUUAAAUUAAGGAAUAUGGUUAUAGAUAAGUGUGCACUUAAUUUGGGAGUAAGUCAGUAGAACCUCUAAAUAUAUGUGUGCAGGUAUGGGUUUGUUUGGGCUGCAUACAUUUAUUUCCUUGUGUGUUGUAAGUCCUUCGUUUCUUUCAACUUCAAAUGGCUUUUUCAGAUGUUCUCUCCCCCACCAGUUUACCUAGAGAGAAACUAUGGGUCAGCCUUGAACUUGUGCUCUUCCCUCUUUAAAGAGGUUUCACUCUUGCAGAUUCAAGGUGAUCCCAGCCUUUGUCCAGGUAAACCUGGAAUUUUAUGGUGAGGGUGAGGCAGGGGAAACACCAUAUAAGCCCAAGUUCUCUUCCAGUUGGUCUCCUGCUUACAAUUCUGAAGAGCAGUAACUCCAGGGUAGCUCCCAAGAUUCAGUUCUCCCAAAUUCAUGGAUGGGGAACCUCAGGCCCAGAGGCCAAAGGUGGCUGUCCAGGCCUUCCUGUGAGACAUCUGGAACUUAGCAGCCCUGCUUUGCACCCUCCUUAGAUGACCAUGGCUGUAAUGCGUCCUUGAACUCUGAUAAUGCCUCCUGCUUGCCUGAAUUGAGGAUGAAGAAGUGUGUGAGAGAGUGUGUGUAUAGAAGCAAGCUGUCAAGGGUGUUUCCCACCCAAAGAAAUGCACACGGCACAUAGUUAACUCUCUAUUGUCAAAGAUAACACAGUAGCUUCUUCAGCCCUGGAUUCCUGUGCACACUAAUCUAGCAUCUAGGCAUCUAUUCCUGGAUCCAUGCUCUCUGGAGCAGUUGCAGCAACCAGGCACCUCUCGCCCUCCACCAGUUUAUGUACCUUCCCCUGACGGGCUGCACACAUGCAGCCGGAGACUACGCCUGCAUAGAAACAUCCUCUGCUCUUCGCUUUUCAGUCCCCUCCUGGUUCUGGGAGACAGUAGUGCAGGAGAGGGUGGGGAAGCACCUGGCCCUUCACUUGCCUGACCUAUCUUUUCCUCUGACCCACCCUGUGCUCCAUUCUCCAGCUCUGAAGCUUCUCCUGCUUCUGACUCUAGCCUCCUGGCUGGUACAGUUCCCCGCAAAUCACUGACCCCCUCUCCCGAAUCAGACUCCAGCCCGCUUUCCCGUCAGUGUCCUGUCAGUCCAUCACACUAAGCCUACUGUACAAAGGUAAAAUUCAGAGUUCCUUCAAGAGAGGUGGUAGAAUUGUGCACUUACGUAACAGCUCCCUGUGUUGGGGAUGUCUUAUUACAUGUAUAUGUCUUUCAUUUUUGCUUUGCUAUCCGGUUUGCUUUGUUAAUACCGAGCAAAUUAUGUGUAGAAAUGAAAUUUAUAAAUUAUUCAGUUCUCUUGGGGAAAUCCCACAAGAUAAAACCUUAGAAGGAAAGGGGGAUCCCCACCCCAAUGGAAAAUGCCCUGUCAUUAGCAACAGAAGUUUAGAUUAAAGUAAAGGUAAAGGGACCCCUGACCAUUAGGUCCAGUCGUGACCAACUCUGGGGUUGCGGCACUCAUCUCACUUUAUUGGCCGAGGGAGCCAGCAUACAGCUUCCGGGUCAUGUGGCCAGCAUUACUAAGCCACUUCUGGCAAACCAGAGCAGCACACAGAAAUGCCGUUUACCUUCCCGCCGGAGCGGUACCCAUUUAUCUACUUGCACUUUGACGUGCUUUCGAACUGCUAGGUUGGCAGGAGCAGGGACUGAGCAACAGGAGCUCACCCCGUCGCGGGGAUUCAAACAGCCAACCUUCUGAUCGGCAAGUCCUAGGCUCUGUGGUUUAACCCACAGCGCCACCUGCGUCCCCUAAGUUUAGAUUAGGCCCCCUCAAAAAAAAUACGGCUCUAUAGUUUUGAAAAAGAUAUUUGCUUUAUUCACAUGUAGAAAUCUCUUAGUCUAGAAAUGUCCACAUUUGUGUAAAUUCAUUGGCCUUGGUUAGCAGAGAAGAAGCAGUGCCAUAUAUACUUUGGAAAGCACAGGAAUAUAAUUGUGCCAGUUCCCCCACCUAGGUUCUGCAAAAGUGUCAAACCUGGCACCCCAUCUCCUCCAAAUUUUCCUGCACACCCUGAGGCGCUGUGCAUUUGGCAUUGCUCGUGACUGUAAACUAUAACAGAAGAAGGAAAAUUUUAGCACACUUUCCAUAUUUUCUGGGGAAAUGUACUUUCAUUUGUUGAUACUGAAAUGUGGGGAGUGGAGGAGGUUAUGAAUCCAAAUGAGGGCUGCUGACCUACUUGAGAGUAAGCCUAAUUGAAUUCAUUGGGACUUAGGAGUAGGCUGGUAUAGAAUUGCACCUUUGGAGCGUUUGGUAAUGUACACUUGGCUCACUUCAAAGGUGCCAAGAACUCCACUUGUUUCAAGAACCACACUUGACUGGAACUUUUGUCUCAAGCUGUGCAAACAAAAUGCAUGUUGCUCCAGUUUUUUUUAUGAGCAAAUGGUAUUUGGGAUAGUGAAAUACAGGAAGGGAAGAAAUCAGUUUCUACCUAUCUUUUAUUUAGGUUUCUGUACUUUAAAUAUGUUACAUACUUGAAUUGAAUGUGACAUCAGAGAACAGGAUUUGAUCAUUUUUGAGGUGAAAGAGAUUUUAUAGUCAAGUCUAUGACCGAGGCUGGAGUGUGCUGUUAGUUUAAUUGCAUUCUUCUGAUUUUACAGGCUUGGUAAUACAAUAUUUAUUGGACUGGUUGUUACAAAAGUACAAGCUUUUUCAUUUCACAAACCUCUUUUCCAGGUAUAGAAAGGGAAAUUUUGUCUAUAACUGAAAAGGGAUGCCAACUUCUUCGUGUGAAUUGGUGUUAAGAGUAGGUUAGAGAUGUGCAGCCAAUCUUUUGGCUGGUAGAUUUCAACCCUGCUCAGUUGGAGGAGGACCACGGAAAACUAUUUCUUCACUUUGUCCUUGAUGCCUGCUCUCUUGUGCGCAUACUUUCUUGGUUCACACAUAACAAUAAACCAUGGUUUAUUAAACCGUGACUUACUAGUGAUACCCUUCCCAGCACCUUACCACCAACAAACCUCAAUCUGAAGACAUGGCUUGCUGCCAGCUUAGAAGCCUUUGUCAGUUUUAAGUAUGGCUUGGUGUUACAUGUGAACCCAGCACCCUUAAUCAUGGUUUGUUUCACCACCGCACCUCCAAAGCUCACCAAACCUCAAAGGCAAGAGGCAUGAGCAGCACUUAGCACUUAGAGCAACAACAGAAAACCAAGCUAUGGCUUGUGUCAUCAUCUGUUCAACAACUCAUGGUUUGUUAAGCAAACCAUGGCUUAAGGAAACCACGGUUUAGGAUGAUGACUGAACCAGGCCACUGCGUCCAUGUUGUAGAGCUUGGACAACCAUUCAACCCCUGUCCAAUCAACUGCUAAACAGCCAAGCUUGUGUCAGUUAUCUCCCUCAAGAGCACACUCACAUCUUUAAAAGGUAACUUGAUAAAUGGCUCAGUUAGUAAUUGUAGUAAGGUGUCAGAAGCACUCUUGAUUUGCAGUUUUCCAGAGAGUUGUCCUGCUAUUGGAAUCACGAUAAGCAUUUUGCCACACUGCCAACUCCCUUGUGUUUCUGUAAUGCUAACAUGCAGAAUAUAAUCUCGCACAAAAUUUGAAAUUUGUCAUGCUGGUUGGCCUUCCCAUGCUUGCUGCCGCAAAUGCCACCUUGAUGGCAAGCACUAAAGAACCACUUCUGCUUUCACGAUUUUGCAAGACUCCUGGAAAGAAAUACAGGUUGUUUAAUUGUGUCACAAAUGGAAAAGAAAAGGUCAGUUUGAGAACUGUACAUUAAAGCAAAACAAUACCAGUAAAAGUACACCACUUGGUUUCCAGUACAAGAAAUGGUGAGUCUUUCAGCAACUCAUUUCUUAGACAAGAAAAGGGAAGGGUAACACCCUGGGAAACUGGAUAAGAAUUCCUGUGAUUCUUAUUUGGGCAAGAUACAGUUGGGAGUUUUGGACUUGGCUGGCAAAUCUGCUCUGUUUAUUAGCAAAAAUCCCCAUGAAGUAUCAUUAUGUUUUGCUCGUUUUCAAUUCCAGUAUGAAAAAAAAGUAUAGAUGAUCCCUGUGUUUUCACCCCCUCUCUGCCCACCUGGUGAACACACUGAUCCAUCGUCUUGUUACCUCCAGUCUCACCCUUGAACUCCUGUAACCUUUUCUCUGGCUGUCCUUUAUCAUCUCUCAGUCUUCUCACCUCUGUCCAAAACUCCCCCCUCCAAAAAACCCCAUUGCUUAUCAUUGCUCUGAUCGGGUGAUGCACCUCCUUCAGUCCCUGCUUUAGCUUCCCGUCACCUUCUGUAUCUGUCAUGAAUUCUGUUCUCACCUUUUGAGGACACUUUGGGUGGUAUUUCCCUGUCCUACCCACUGAGACUCUCGUAUUCGAGCAAAAAAUGGUACAGGCGCAGCAGGAGUUCAAGAACAGGGCAGGAAGCUCAGAUUCGGACAGAAGCAAUGAAGAUGUCCCAACAAGGUUUACAUACCCUGCUCGCCAAGCUUUUAAAGACGAGGCAUGGUGUGCUCACUUGCAAGUCUUGCUUGCCUUGCAGGAUUGUGUGCUCCCCUGGGGUAGGUGGGCCUGCUCCUAUGACGGUGGCUUCUGGUUUUAGGUGACAAGACUGCACCCUCCUGUUUAGUCGCUUCUGCUUUCCUCCUUCAUCUGCUCAAAGCCCCCCUCAGCCUCCACUGAGGCUCUCUGCUCUGCAGGAAGGUCAGGGAUGACAACCACCAUCCCUGCUCCCCUUUCCAAAGCAGCUGAAGUUGGGGCAGAUCCCUCUCCCUCUGACCCAGUUCCUCAUCAUUCAGUCUCAUUCCCCAACCACCUAUUCCUUUCUCCUCCUGCUGCAUCAGAGACUGCCAGCCCAAACACAGAUCCCAACAGCUCUGUGGGGCUCAUGGCAUGAAUCUCAAUUGCCACAUUUUCUUAAAGUUAUCCUCAUUUUGUAAUUUAGCAUUACAGAUCCUGUACCUCUCCUUCCUCCCCCCCUUCCCUACUUCCUGACUUUCAUCUCUGCUGUUGGAAUUUCAGAUGGAAAGCUCUCCUGAGCAGGGAUUGCUUUUGUUCUCCCCAAUCCUCCAGCCCAUGUGUGUGUGUGUCCCUGAAAAGUGCCAUGUAUAUUUAUAUGUUAGAUCAGAAAUAAACAAUACUUUACGGAGAGUGCUGGAGGUUAUUAUCUGGUGUGGCAGUAAUAGGCAAGGCCAAGAGCGGCUGUUCCCCAAGCAGCGAUGAUUUCUGUUUCUGUUUUAUCCCCUAUUCAGAAAGUGCAUUUUGUAUAAGGCACCAGGGCAGUGGGAAUAAAGAGAGCUCUCCUCGCAUAUAUGACUUCACAACAAUCAGGGCUGUACUUUGCAAAUGCAGCUAGCUAGCUUCUGAAAAGAUCUCCAGUCCUGAAAUGCGCCACUGAAUGCUUAUGUUUCUCUGCCAGUGUUGAUGUUAGGAUGUCAAACCCUCCUGAACAAAAGUUUGAUCUGGUAUUGCACCAUUUACUGGGAUGGUAAGUUAGUCUGAUCUGGUUUUAAAGCAUUUGCUGGGGUGGUGUGUUACCUAUGGUUAGCAUGUUCCAACUAUUUUUGUGUUGUUGUUUUUUUGCUUUCUUAAGUAUUUUUUUAAAAAUCGGUAUCAUGAUUUUUAAUAAUUUUGUUAGUUGCUUUGUAGAUCAUUAGGUUGCAAAGUCACAAUGCACAUAUUUUAAUAAAUAGAUAUUAGAAUGGAUAGAUAACAUGGAUUUUGAAAGAGACAAGUUAGACCUGCUUACCUGGAAGUAAGCCCUAUUGAGCUGGUUGGGAGUAGCAUCCAAGAAAAAGUUGCAUUGGAUUGAUCCAUUAAUAUAUUCGUUUCUGAAAAAUCAAGAACUAAUAAUUUCUUACAGAAUUGAUAAUAUGUUGUGUGUAGAUUGUGUGUCAGAGACAGGGAGAAAGAGAAGCCCUAAAUGACUCUUGGAUAUGGAAAAGGUUAUUGGGUAGGGAAAAUGUGUGCCUUGUCAUUUAUGAUUUAUUUGGCGUUCCUGCAUUGCAGAGGGUUGGACUAGAUGAUCCUUGGGGUACCUUCCAACUCUAAAAUCCCCUGUUUCUAUGAUUCUAAUCCUAACCCGUAAAUGAAGCUUAAGAUGUGCUUGAUAAUGAGGCCAAUUUAGAGGAAAAUAGGAAAUUGUAUUAAGGAUUAUUGCUUAUAAUAUGAGGUGCAACUAUAAAAGGAGGCUUCUGUAAUGUUAAUUCCUGCGGGGUCUUUUUGUUUAUUUUUCUUAAGCUCCGAAUAUGUUGGAGAUAAGAAUUAAAAAUAUGAAAGUUUAAAUUAUCUGUCUCUUGCCUGUUAUAUCAACAUGAAGGGGCUGUUUCAUUAUAGAAUAUAAAAAGUGGCAAAUUUUCUCUGUGUUUGUCUAUUCGACAUUUUUUGUUUUCUGUUGUCUGCUUUAAACAAAAAACUGUUUGCUUAAAUAUGGUUCCCUGCCUAACCAACAGCCAAGAUGCUAACAAAAUCCAAUAUAAACAAAUAUAAAACCACAACAAGCUUGCUAAAAAUAUAAAAAAGCAAACAGCCAAGCAGAAAGAAAGCAUCGGCAAAACACAACAGUCUACGUAGUACUGAAGUCACUUGCAUUAUCCUUCGAAUGCCAUCCAAAAUAGCCAACUUGCUCAAAGACCAGUAAUGAUAGGUCAGUGGAGGGUGUUCCACAAUUGUGGUGCCACGACCCAGAAGGCUCUGUAUAAUCCACUCAUCAGACAUUGUAAGAUGGAGGGACAUGGAGCAGGGUCUCUGAAGUAUCCUGAGUAGUCUGGCUCACCUUAACACCAUUAGAACUGGGGUGGCCCUCCAGAUGUUUCUAGCCUGCACCCCCCAUCAUGCCUGAUCAUUGACCACACUGGUGGGGGGCUGAUGGAAGUUGGAUUCCUAAGACCUGGAGGGACGAAGGUUCUCCAUCUCUGCAUUAGAAUGAAACCUUCAGGUUUCUGCCAUUCCAAAAAAAAAACCACACAAAAAACCCAGCAAUCCACAAAACAUGAUUGGACAUAUGUAUAUACGUAUGCAUGUGUAUAUAUUGCAUGAGGGUUUUUUUCCAAGGAAACAAAUUGGGUCAGAUAGAAAUGAAAUGUAAAAAUUAUACAGUCGGUUUAGUAAUAUAUAUUAUUAUAGGGAUAUCAGACAAGUUUAAGGCUGCAUAUCGGCUUGAAAGUUAACUUUGACUGAAAUGACAGGGAAUCACAAAAUUGUGCUUGGGGAUUGGGGGGCUAAGCUGUUUUAUAAAGAACAUUAAAUAACCGAAAAGAGAUAACGCAGAAAAAUAGCAUUGUAUUGUUGGCGUAAUGGGGAAAUGAAAUUGUAAAUCGCGGUAAGAAAAUAAGCCUUGUGAGCUUCUGUUGUGAUCUUUAGCUACAGAUAAAGACGUGUUGGGUCGGUAGGCAUUUGUUUGUUCCUUUUUAAUCAAAAAGACAUUGUACCUUGGAAAGGAGCUUUCAAUGCAGUGCUUCGCUUGCUUUCUUGCAGAUAUACUGUGUGUAGAAAACAAAAGCAAAUCUAUUGUUUUGCCUUCUGCAUGCAUGUAGAAACCCCCUGAGCUAGAAAUGGAGGAAUCCUUUGCAGAUGGAAGAUUAGCUCUGUAGAUCAAUUUGAGUCCUUUGGGGGAAAGGGCAGGAUAUAAAAAUGGAAUAAAAUUAAUAAAGGUUGCCUGUAUAGAAACGUGCUACUGCGGCAAUACAGUGCCGAUAGUCAGGGAUGCAAAGGUGAAUGCCUGGUAAUGCUGGACAGACGUCACUAAGAAUGGUGUCCCCAGCCAUUGAGGCAGCCUGUUGAGCUUGCAUUUGAGUCCUGUAGUUGCCUUUGAAGUGACAGCUUUUAUUGACUUGUGGAAAGGCUUAUUUAGAAGGAAGAGCACCAGCGUGUCACCAGAAAUUGUAUCUUGGUAUGCCUGCUCAGAAAUGAACUGUUUUACUUCUCCCAAGCCAUCACAUACCAACGAGUUGACCAAGCAGUAUGCUGAGACCAUUCUCUGAUUUGCUUGGCCUUCUCUCUCUCUCUAACCUUGUGUUGUUCAUGCAUGCAGGUGCGGCUGAAGUGAGGUGGGUGGGUAGGGUGGCAUGCUCCUGGCCUCCCAACAGCAACAUCUCCACCAGUAACUGGUAGCGGCAAGCAGUGUUUGAAAUUAACCAGGUGCGUUUUGCUGCUGGCCUGGGUCCAGUGAUGAGUAUAUGGAGAUUUCUGGGCUCAAGUUUGGCAACCACAGUUUAACAACCUCUGCCUUAAAGGUAAAGGUAACGGGACCCCUGACCAUUAGGUCCAGUCGUGGCCGACUCUGGGGUUACGGCGCUCAUCUCACUUUAUUGGCUUAGGGAGCCGGCGUACAGAUUCCGGGUCAUGUGGCCAGCAUGACUAAGCCGCUUCUGGCGAACCAGAGCAGCGCUCGGAAACACCGUUUACCUUCCCGCUGGAGCGGUACCUAUUUACUUGCACUUUGACGUGCUUUCGAACUGCUAGGUUGGCAGGAGCAGGGACUGAGCAACGGGAGCUCACCCCAUCAUGGGGAUUCGAACCGCCGACCUUCUGAUCUGCAAGUCCUAGGUUCUGUGGUUUAGACCACAGCACCACCCGUGUCCCCACAGUUUAACACAGUUUGGCAACCACAGUUUAACAGGCUCUGCCUUAGUUCAUAGUAAAUACCAUUUCCAGUUCCACUGUGUGUGUUUCUCCUUCAUGCAUAUUGGGACAAGUGAAUUGUUGCAAGAGCAAGCCACAGUCAAGCAAUGUAGUUGAGAUCAUAGAAUUGUAGAUUUGUAGGGUCAUCUGACCCAACCCCCUGGUGAAUAGACAUUCCGUUUCAGCAAUCGUAACCUAGGUUUAAGGUGAUGUUUGGCGCCUAGCUUCUAUAUCUGAGUUUCUAACACUGGUGGUGAGGUGGCUGGAGGGUCAGCACUGUGUGAGCAAACCGGGGAGCUGAUCCAGUGCUCCUGCCUGUGUCCACACAGCACUGAUCUCUCUACCACCUCUCCCAGUAAGAAGUAGCAAUGCCACUGCAUGUAUGCAAAAAACAAACAAAAGCAAAAAAAAAAACCCCUCAAAACAAUAUACUGUAUUUUUUGCUCUAUAAGACUCACUUUUCCCCUCCUAAAAAGUAAGGGGAAAUGUGUGUGCGUCUUAUGGAGCAAAUGCAGGCUGCGCAGCUAUCCCAGAAGCCAGAACAGCGAGAGGGAUUGCUGCUUUCACAGCGCAGUGAUCCCUCUUGCUGUUCUGGCUUCUGAGAUUCAGAAUAUUUUUUGUUUUGUUUUCCUCCUCCAAAAACUAGGUGCGUCUUGUGGUCUGGUGCGUCUUAUAGAGCGAAAAAUACGGUAUAUAACAAAAGAAAUAAGAGAGGAACAAAUCAAAACAGGAUCACAGGCGUUAUUGUGUAGACAUAGCCACAUUCUUCAAAAUCUGAUGCAACGUGACUCUUGUAUAAAUUGCUGUUUUCUCAUUAUGUAUUUCCCACAUUUAAUCUCUAGGCAUUUUCUAAAAAUGAACAGAAGCAAUUCUGAGUUGGAGAAGCUGAGCAGUGAUUCUACAGAAAACCUCAGUCCUGCUUUCCAGGGAAUCCAUGUCACUUUCACCGCUGGCUCCACGGACAGUUUGAAUUUGGACACAAAUGCAUUCGGCAAUGGAGGUAGCUAAAAGUUGUGUGUUAGUGUGGGGCUGUGGGGUUAAUGUACGAAACACGUUCUGUAAAUUGUGACAUAGUGACCCAGUUUGCACAUCACAGGAAACCAUACUUAAUGGCCUACUGUGAAUAUGGAGGUGGCUCCUGCCUUGCUGCCCUAACUGGAGCAACAAGCUAUAAUCCCUGUCUUUGUGUUAUAUCUGACUGAGAGACUAUGCUUUAUUUCACUCAAACAAACCAUGAUUAAUAAUAUAAGUGAGUUUGCAGCAAGCCAUUAACUAUGGUUUACUGUGUUGUGUGAAUGUGGGCAAUAAACACGCCCUGUAAAGCUACAUUUAGAAUUUCACUUCCCCAGGGAAGCUUUACAUGGUCUCUUCCUUUCACCCUUCAGGUGGGUGUAAGCGGUCCUUAGUAUCCAUGAUACUUUGCUGUUUUGAAUGCCCAUUUAUUCAGCUUUGUUGCUAAUGUGCCAAACUAUCCCAAAACCAAAUGGAACCUUUGAAUGAAUGACAGGACAGCACAAGUCAUUACUACAAAAGCAGUCGUAGAACUUGAAAAUAUGUGGGCUGAAUGUAGCUUAAAUUCAAGGUAUCUGGCAUUUCUUAUGAUGAAGUAUCAGAGCAGUUGGAGGACCAUGCUUCCUGUGAUGUCACCAAAAUUAGGGGCAGGACUUGUGCCCCCUACAGGCAACAAGCUGCGCUGCAAGGGCUAGCCAUGGUGGCCAGCUAUCAAUCAUACGAUCAACAGGAAAGCCAGUAGCCAUCCCUUGCGCUGUCUAAGUGCUGCAUAGUAGUGAAGAAGACUACGUCCGUGUUGGGAAAGGGAUGAUGAUAAUAAUAAUAAUAAUAAUAAUAACAACGCACUGCAUGUGAAUUGUCUUAACUUUUCAAAUAUCUUGGGCUUGUCCUACAAAAUAAAGGAAAAAAAUAGCAAGUAAAAAAAUUCUCUGAGUCCUCACAUAGCUUGCCAUGUUGCUUAAAUAUUUACCCUGUUCCAGCUUCGCUGCUCUUUGGCAGCCAGUGCCCAGUUCUGUGACAGAGAGCCAGGUUGUCUUCAGAAACGCUAUGCAAUGUUAACUCCACCUUCCAAUAACAUUCCUUUACUCAGUUGGAUAGCCUCAUUCACAGCGGGGAUAUACAGGUUGCAUUGUGCUUAGCUUGCGGAGCUUAGGUAAUUGUAAUAAUAGUCACUUUGGGCUUCCCACUUCAGUGCUAAGGUUGCCAGUACCAGAACUUGAUGGGUUUUAAAAUGAGGAAUUAGGGAUGCACAAACAUCCCACUCUUCGACCCAAACAUGAAUUGCCUUCCCCUUUCCAUUCAAACCGCAAAACCCCUCAAGCGAUUCGGGGUGGGUGGGUUUGAUGAUCGUAAAAACACCCAGGGAAGCCUGGUUCCCAACAUGCUAGCAGAGAAAGGACUUCUCUUCUACAGCAUUUAUUUGCUGGCGGAGGAGAGGGGGCUUCCCUUUCUCCAUGGUGUCAGGAGCCAGAGUCAGGAAUAGGCUAGAAAUAAAAUACUCGGUGUCAGCAAAGUUAACUCUUUAUACCAAGAAACCAAAACAGCGCAGGCCUAGUGAUCAUAGCAACUCUUUCCAGUAGGUCUUGCCCCAGUGAGGAUUGAAGGUUCUCACGAUCUCUCCGCUCCCUAAGGCUCCUCCUUUGCCAGGUCCUUCCCAAGCAAACUCGGGCUCCAUCUAGUCCAUCUAGUCUCUCCUUGCUCCACCCUCUUCAUUCCUCUACAUGUUCUGGGAGACCAUGUAAACCCUUGUUACGGCUAUUGGUGUGGUUGCUCGAGAGCGAUCAGGCAAGAUCCCUCACUGGUCUUUUCAAAAGCUUUAUUAUUGGUGCAAAAACCUUUACAAUGCAGAACGCCUCUAUUCCAUGUCUUGCUCACUCACUAGCAGAAUCUGAGAGUGGGCGGUCCUUAAACUUUCCCCAACAGAGUAGUAUCUUGACCCCCAGCCGACGCCUCCCCUCUCUGCGCGAAAGCCGACUGCGCAAGGAAGGCUUGGGUAAAGGGGGACCGCCCUCCUCCCCGCUCUGCUCAGGCAAGGUGUCCCGGCACUGCCUUGCAUCCUCCGAGCCCUGCAACUCUUCCCCACUAGAGGCGUGGCUUCCUUCCUCCGCUGAGGAAGUCCUGCUCCCCAAGAUUUUUGGAGGCUCUCUGUAAUCCAUCUGCCCUUCCCACUCUCGCCUCUGAGCCAAUGGCAGUUCCCUGACAACCCUGUUACCUCUUCAGCUUCCGACACCUCCUCCUCCCAGUCUGCUCUCUCUUCUCCCUCUGACCACUCCUUGACAUCCCACCACCAAUCCCCUGGCUCUGUGCCUUCUUCCCCUGGGGGUUUCCUUGGGGGUUCCCCAGCAGGUGCCUCCCACCAUUCCUCUGCACCCAGCCAGCCCAUGGCAUUGGUUAGCAUUGAGACACAGUGUGUUCUGUGGGUGGGGAAGAAAUUGGAUUCAGUUCACAUUUCAUGGCAAAUCUCCCAAACUUGCACUGCAGCCAAGCCGUCCUUCAAAACCCACACUUCUCUGAAUUUCCUGAUGAAAUUCUCCAACUAGAUAAUGUAUAGGAAAAACGUAUUACGUUAGGAGAAAUUGAGGUGUAUUAGGCAAAAUUUCACACUGAAAUGCUGGCAUAUUCUCAUGAGGACUUAAAAAGAAAAUUGGCAAAGAGGUGCCAAAACGUGGAGAGCUAAACUUAAGAUUGGAAAAGUAAGAAAUGGACAAAUUUGCCCAUCCCUACCCUGCAGAAGGGGGUUGGGGGGUGGAAACAAGAUAGCUUUGCCAGGAACCAACAUGGCUAGCAACAGUGCUUCUUGGGCAAAGUGCCUUGCUUUCCCCUGCACGGCCUGGAAGACUCUGCUCCAUGCAAAGCAGGAGAAAUAAAGGCACUCUGCCCAGAAAAGGAAGAAAGCUCUCGUUAGGCAGGGCAUCUUGUUCCACCCUGUUCUACAAAGAAGGGGAGGCUUGAGAGGAACUGCGCUUCCUGCCCCGAUUUUGAUUGUAGAAAUCAGAUAGGGUUGUUUGCCUGUUCAUCCCUAGUAUAUUGGGAAUAUGUCUGGCAGGAUUUGUGGGCAAGAUGAUAAGACUCACCAUUUUGGGAGAGCUUGAGAACAAACCUCGUCAUGCCUGGCAUAAGCAAAGGCUUGUCAGGAACUGCUUCCUGGUCACUUCUGCUUUUCAAAAGUCACAUAUUUUAGUUUACAGAUGGCUAAUGUAGGGAUAAGGGACGCGGAUGGCGCUGUGGGUUAAACCACAGAGCCUAGGGCUUGCCAAUCAGAAGGUCGGCAGUUCGAAUCCCCGCGACGGGGUGAGCUCCCGUUGCUCGGUCCCUGCUCCUGCCAACCUAGCAGUUCGAAAGCACGUCAAAGUGCAAGUAGAUAAGUAGGUACCACUCUGCCAGGAAGGUAAACGGCGUUUCCGUGCGCUGCUCUGAUUCGCCAGAAGCAGUUUAGUCAUGCUGGCCAUAUGACCCAGAAGCUGUCUACGGACAAAUGCCGACUCCGCCUACAGAUAUGCGAGAUGAGCACGCAACCCCAGAGUCGUCCACAACUGGACCUAAUGGUCAGGGGUACCUGUAAGGUAAAGGUAAAGGGACCCCUGACCAUUAGGUCCAGUCGUGGCCGACUCUGGGGUUGCGGCGCUCAUCUCACUUUAUUGGCCGAGGGAGCUGGCGUACAGCUUCCAGGUCAUGUGGCCAGCAUGACUAAGCCGCUUCUGGCGAACCAGAGCAGCGCACGAAAACGCUGUUUACUUUCCCACCGGAGCGGUACCUAUUUAUCUACUUGUACUUUGAUGUGCUUUCAAACUGCUAGGUUGGCAGGAGCAGGGACCGAGCAACGGGAGCACACCCCAUCACGGGGACUCAAACCGCCAACCUUCUGAUCGGCAAGUCCUAGGUUCUGUGGUUUAACCCACAGCGCCACCCGCAUCCCAGGGGUACCUUUACCUUUACCUUUAAUGUAGGCAUAUGCAACCAGAUCACCUAUUUUAAACAUGUUGUGGCUUAAUACCAGAGCCAUGUGUGGUACAGUGGAUGGAGACUUGAAAUGGGGAGACCUGGGACUCAGCUCUGAAACUUGCUGAAUGACCUCCAGUGUCAGUCACUUUCCCUGAAGAUAAACUAGACAUGGUGAUGAUGGCAGGACUUAAUCCAGCUCCAGCCUAUUCCCUAUAAAGGCCAGGAGGAGCAGAACCCCAACCCAUCUUUUUCCACCCAAAAUCUCUUUGUCUCCUGGCAGGAGUCACAUCCAGACAUGGACUUCCACAGAAGAGAAAAACAGCUUUAAAAAAGUGGUUUGGGGGUGAGGAGCAGGCAGGCAGGUGGGAGGGAGCCAUUCAGUAAAUUAGGCUUAUAAGAAAGGAUCUAAUAUUAGAGUAUCAAAACCAGAUAGUAUAGCCCUGUUUGACAAUGGCAGGGAGAAGGGAAACCCAUAACUAAAUGUGAAUUUACGUGGCACUGAUAGAUAAAAUGCAGAAAAUACAGAAAAUGAUGAAAUGAAGUUUCAGGGAAGUUUUUAAUAUUUAACGCUGUUUUGUUUUUAACACUUGAUUGGGAGCCGCCCAGAGUGGCUGGGGAAACUCAGCCAGAUGGGCAGGGUAUAAAUAAUAAAUUAUUAUUAUUAUUAUUAAGCAAGAGAGGUUUAGACAUGCUAGGAGUAAACCCACUGAAAUCAAUGUGACUUAAUUUAAUCAACUAAUUUAGUCCUCUUGAUUUCCACAAGUCUACACUCGGCCUGGGUACACCCAUAUAUUAUAAGCACUUAACUCCCUAUGGCUUUUUUCUUAAUACUUAAGAUUAAAGCCUGUGCUUUUAAAUUGGCUUUUAAUUUUUCUUGCACGCACCUAACACCUUUCCUGGCAAUAAAUGCCACCUUUCUCAGAAUUCUCUCUACGAACCAUCAUUUUUAUUCAUUGUGCCCUUUUUGGAACCUAAUCACUUUGCGUUACUAAUGAAGGCAGAUGCUCAAACAGUCAGCCGAAUAAUUUCAUGCUGAUUUCUGUAUCGCCAGUCAUACACACUGUGGCAGCCCCCCAUCCCCCCUGGGUCCUGGGCUGCCGUGGGGAGGGAGAUUCAUCCACAGAGGCUCCCCUCCCUCCUCAUCACAGCACAGGACCCGGGGGGGCUGGGAUACCGCCAUACAGACACACAUAUCAUGUCUCAUAAUUUUAUCAUGCUCUAGCGUGACUUUGACCCCAUGUACAACGGCCAUUCUUGUUUUGGCUGCUACAAAUGAUCCUAGGCUAAUCUGGGUGCAAAGUUUCAUUACCCUUUGCUGGCAUGCUUACCUUUUUAGAUGGAACUUGAUCUAGGCCUCGCAUUGUAAAACAUCUUUUUUUAUCCGUGCUGGUAGGAGUCCCCGGCUUAUAAUUGCUUUAUUGUCUGCAUGUGUUUCAGGACAGUCGUGCAAAACGAGCCUUCGUUCACCCACCCGUACCAGGAAGCCGACCUUUACUUCAACUCAUUUCCCCGCAUGUCCCAGCAAAGACAGGCCGCACUGCAAACCUUUACAGCCGCCUCCUCUGCCGCAAAAGAAAACCGUCAGUAGAGCUGUUUCCUCGCCAGAUGGUUUUUACUGGGGCCCGGCUUCCCCAGCUAGAGCUUCAGGUCCCGCAAGCCCCAAACUGAACUUCAGUCAGUCGGAAAGCAACGUCUGCAUCCGCGAGGAGCCUCCGUUCGGCUCCACCUUAGGAAUCAACCGCCAGACAUUUUCUUCUUCUGAGUCACUGGAGAAAGCCUUCAGAGGAUCCCAUUCCCCAUAUCCCUGUUCUGCUAAGAAUGGCGGCGCCUGCUGUAGCCAGAGCAAAAACCUGCCGCCUCGUUCCUCCUCCCAGCACAGCAUGUCCACCACGGUUUCCUCAGGUUCUAGCUUUCAGCUCCACAACCUCCUCAGCAAUAUUGACAACAAAGAGGGGGUGUACGCCAAGCUAGGCGGGCUGUAUGCGGAAUCCUUGCGUCGCCUCGUUUCUAAGUGCGAAGACUGUUUCAUGCGCGACCAGAAGAGCGAGCUGCAUUUCAGCGAGAACAACUGGUCCCUCUUCAAGCUGACGUGCAACAAGCCUUGCUGUGAUUCAGGGGACGCCAUAUAUUAUUGUGCCACCUGCUCCAAGGAUCCGUCAAGCACCUAUGCGGUGAAGGUAUGUCAUUGCAAAAUGCUUAUUUUGUCAUGACUUGCUUUGUGCUUUUGGCCUUUUCUGGCGGUUCCCUCGCUACGAGAAGCCAAGUUACAGGGAACCAGGCAGAGGGCCUUCUCGGUAGUGGCACCCGCCCUGUGGAACGCCCUCCCACCAGAUGUCAAAGAGAAAAAUAACUACCAAACUUUUAGAAGGCAUCUGAAGGCAGCCCUGUUUAGGGAAGCUUUUAAUGUUUAAUAGGUUAUUGUAUUUUAGUGUUUUGUUGGAAACUGCCCAGAGUGGCUGGGAAACCCAGCCAGAUGAGCGGGGUAUAAAUAAAGUAUUAUUAUUAUUAUUAUUAUUAUUAUUAUUAUUAUUAUUUUCACUGGUCUCUGGCUGCCAUGAAUUCGAAUGAUCUGAUGACCUUCACAAGGAUGGGGGGACACACACCCCCUAUAUAUUCAGUGGUACCUCAGGUUGCCGAUCAGAAAGUUGGCAGUUUGAAUCCCCGCGACUGGGUGAGCUGCCGUUGCUUGAUCCCUCCUCCUGCCAACCUAGCAGUUCGAAAGCACAUCAAAGUGCAAGUAGAUAACUAGGUACCGCUCCAGCAGGAAGAUAAACGGCGUUUCUGAGCGCUGCUCUGGUUCGCCAGAAGCGGCUUAGUCAUGCUGGCCACAUGACCCGGAAGCUGUACGCCGGCUCCCUCGGCCAAUAAAGCAAGAUGAGCGUUGCAACCCCAGAGUCGUCUGCGACUGGACCUAAUUGUCAGGGGUCCCUUUACAUUUAUCUCGGGUUACAAAUACUUUGGGUUACAAACACUUCGGGUUACAAACUCCGCUAACCCAGAAUAUUACCUCGGAUUGAGAACUUUGCCCCAGGAUGAGAACGGAAAUCGUGUGGCGGCGGGAGGCCCCAUUAGUGAAAGCGUGCCUCAGGUUAAGUACGGUUUCAGGUUAAGAAUGGACCUCCAGAACGAAUUAAGUUCGUAACCCAAGGUACCACUGGGUUCUUUCAGAAUUUAUCAGGUGUGUUGCCUGAUAAGGAACCUUGAAAUAUGCUUGAAUUUUGCUUUAGAGGGGAAUCUGCUGUCAAACUGGUUCUAUUUAGGAACACACGUACCAAGGAUUUUGCUGGUCUGCUUAAAAAUAUAUAUAUUGCAGGGAGUCGGACUAGAUGAUCCAAUGGGGUCCUUCCAACUAUAGUUCUGUGAUCCUGUGAUAUUAUUAUUGUAUUCUGCUGGAAUUCAUAGGAUAUUUUGUCUAAGAAGGAACCGCCAGGAAAUUUCUUUCACGCAAAAAUUCAGUGGCAAAUAGCACCUAGCAAAACCCCAGGUACAGGGCAGGUGAACUGCCUAAAAAUACCAGAGAUCAAAGAAUAGAGUCCAAAGUUUCUGGUCAGAACAAGCAAACACUCGAGAGUCGAGCUCCGAGAGUUGCCCAAUAAGAACCAGAGGGAGCACAGAGUUUACACACAAUCCGUUGAUUAGCCUGCCAGCAGCAAUUCUCCUUUUUCGCAAGCAGGGCUGAUGAGAGGCUGCAAUAAAGGCAGUAGGGCACAGCUGGGCCUGGUUGCCGUGGCAACCCUCACAGCGCAGGUAUAACAGAGCAGGGCUGGGAGCAAGUCUUCAUACCUAAAUUUCCAACUGAUGUACUGCCAAGAGCGGGCAAGUCAUAUAUCCCUGUAAUCCAAAGGGUUCCAAAUUGCUUAAUGUUGCUUGCGGAAAAAAGAGGCACAGGUCAUGAUUCCCAGGAUUGUUUUUUCUCUCUCUUGCAUGAAACCCCGGCAGAAUGAACAGGCACUGCCACCUUUCCCCUGGCCUUCUCUUCUGUGAGUGGGGACGGAAGGAUCUGGCAAUUUCACUUCCCUCGGUUUCUCAUUUCCCCCAAUCUUAAAUUAAGUUCUUCAUGUUUCUGCAGCAAUCUGCAGUUUUGUUUGUUUGUUUUUAAAUCUUCCUGAAAAUACGUCAGCUGGCAUUUUAGUGGAAAUUUCUUCUAAUUUUUAAUUUGCUGUUCUGGCUAGUAUACAGUUUGCAAGUCAUUUUUUUUCAUAAUGUAGUGGAUUCUUAUUCUUUUUUAAUAAAAUCUUUAAAUUAGUUUCCCAAUAUACCCCAAUAAAAGCCAAAUUAUAACAAUAACAAUUACUUCCCAAAUUAUACAAUUAUCAAAAUGCCAAUCAACUUCCAAUUAAUACAUUUUAGUUAAAGUGGCUCCCUGCUUGAUAGUUUGGGUGCGCUUCCAAUCUUACAUCACUGCGUUCUGUAAUCUUAAUUAAUGUCAGUUGCAUUUCAGUUAUAAUAAUAAUCCCUUAGUCAACAGCUACAUAAUUAAUAAUUUCCGUUCAUGAUGUUACAAUAUAUAAAUUCAUAAAGCUUCAAGUGAGGAACUCAAACUAUUAUUCUGCCCUGCGUGUGAAAAGGAAAGCAGAAAAAAAAUACAUUUGGCACCAACUUGGCCUCAGGUUUUGUCAGGAUGAGGCAUACGAGGUGCCAUCCAACUGUCUUAGGGACUGCAUUCUGGAUUUGUGUAGGUUUUACUUCUUAACACACAAAAAGCACUUUCUAAAAGCAAUAAAAUAUUUCUACAAAGCUCUAAAAUGAUAAAACUAUAUAUUAUAAAGUCUAGAAAACCAUAGAACCCCAUUUACAAAUUGUUGUUGUUGUUGUUUAGUCGUUUAGUCGUGUCCGACUCUUCGUGACCCCAUGGACCAGAGCACACCAGGCACUUCUGUCUUCCACUGCCUCCCGCAGUUUGGUCAAACUCAUGCUGGUAGCUUCCAGAACACUAUCCAACCAUCUCGUCCCCUGUCGUCCCCUUCUCCUUGUGCCCUCCAUCUUUCCCAACAUCAGGGUCUUUUCCAGGGAGUCUUCUCUUCUCAUGAGGUGGCCAAAGUAUUGGAGCCUCAGCUUCAGGAUCUGUCCUUCCAGUGAGCACUCAGGGCUGAUUUCCUUCAGAAUGGAUUAGUUUGAUCUUCUUGCAGUCCAUGGGACUCUCAAGAGUCUCCUCCAGCACCAUAAUUCAAAAGCAUCGAUUUUUCGGCGAUCAGCCUUCUUGAUGGUCCAGCUCUCACUUCCAUACAUCACUACUGGGAAAACCAUAGCUUUUACUAUACGGACCUUUGUUGGCAAGGUGCUGUCUCUGCUUUUUAAGAUGCUGUCUAGGUUUGUCAUUGCUUUUCUCCCAAGAAGCAGGUGUCUUUUAAUUUCGUGGCUGCUGUCACCAUCUGCAGUGAUCAUGGAGCCCAAGAAAGUAGAAUCUCUCAGUGCCUCCAUUUCUUCCCUUUCUAUUUGCCAGGAGGUGAUGGGUCCAGUGGCCAUGAUCUUCAUUAAAUUCCAUUAGCAACACACACACACACACACACACACACACACACACACACAGACAGACACAGUGUGGUAAAGCCUUCUUGAAUAAAAUUGUCUUUAUUGUGUGUCUGAGCAUCAUGACGUUCUGCGCCUGUCUAAUUUUGGCUUAGACCUAUUCUUAGAGGCUCAGACCUUAGAGGGCCUGAAACUGCAUAAUUUCUAGUCCCAACAUCUUUUUCUCCACCCUGUGUGAAUUGCGGGGCUCAUUUUCAAUGCAUCACACGCAGGGGCGUCUGCGUUGAUGCCCAUUUCACAAAGGGGGGGGAAAGGCCUGCCUUUCUGUCACUCGGCUUACUUCCCUUGGUUUGGGCUCCCAGUGGAUGCGCGCUACAGAGGGAGCGUGAUGGCGAGGGAAGGAGACAAACCUUGUUUUGUGUUCAUCGCAGACCACACGUGUGUGUCCCCGCAUUACAAAAUGCGCCUUUAUUGUCUGACUCUGGCAGACAGUAGCAUGCUAAAGCUGAGCCAAAGAACUGAGAUACAAGCUCCGCCGCUGUGUGUGCGAGUUCUAAGUGGGGAAAUGUAGCUAGGCAACUUUUUGGAAUGCUUUCAUUUUCGUCGCUGGAAUAUUUCUGACAGACAGUGGUUUCAGGGCUUUCGUGCCUUUCCUUUUUCUUUCCCUGUGAAUGUGGUAUUGUUGCAGUGACUGCAGACAUGAAAGAAGCUACAGAUCUGAUUGUUGCCUCAAGUCAGGCUUCAACAGGCCUGUUUCAAAGUUUGAGCUAAGAUAAGCUUCCUGUCAUGCCUUAGAACCCUAGACCCAGCUAGUGCUUCGACUCAUAUGCAUGAAUUGUGGGGAAAUGGAGCCAAAAUAUUCUCUCUUCCAAAAAAAAAAAAAAUCUUCCUUUUAUCUUCGACAAAAGACUAGGGACUUGAGAAUAUGGCUCUCUCUACCAAAGAUGUAAAAAGAGGUGGGGGGAGCUCAAUUUCAAGGUGCACAGUAGCAAGGGGAGGGAUGCUUAACCCUUCUCCCACCCACUAGUAAAGGUAAAGGGACCCCUGACCAUUAGGUCCAGUCAUGGCCGAUUCUGGGGUUGUGGCACUCAUCUCACUUUAUUGGCAGAGGGAGCCGGCGUACAGCUUCUGGGUCAUGUGGCCAGCAUGACUAAGCUGCUUCUGGCGAACCAGAGCAGCGCACGGAAACGCUGUUUACCUUCCCACUGGAGCGGUACCUAUUUAUCUACUUGCACUUUGACGUGCUUUCAAACUGCUAGGUUGGCAGGAGCAGGGACCGAGCAACGGGAGCUCACCCCGUCGCGGGGAUUCGAACUGCCGACCUUCUGAUCGGCAAGUCCUAGGCUCUGUGGUUUAACCCACAGCGCCACCCACGUCCCUUCCUCUCCCACCCACUACUUCUGCCUUUUUCCUUUCCCAGCCAGGGUCUACAGACAUGUGUGCUGUAUUUGGGGGUAGAUGAGGGUGGGAAGGCCUGGAAGAGAAAACGAAGGGGGAGAAAUGGAUGGCAGCGCUUGUUACGUUUCCUCUGCAUAUUUCACCCUCCUUUCCCUCUGCUCACCCCACCCAAAGCUUUUAUAGAUGCUCCGCAGAGACUCAGGUUUCCAAAUCCCAUUCUUCUGCCAAACAUCUAGUUUGGCACUCAAAAUAUAUUCCUCUGUGGUGGCCCUAUGAACACGCUUGUAAUUCAGUCACGUGAUCAGACUCUUCAGUUUGUUUGUUACUUGAUUAUUAUUUCUGCACAGUGCAUUUGGCAAGGUAGGAAAGCGAGGCUGCCGUCCCUGCACUCCUUUGGGCUGCUUCCAUCCUAUUACCACCAACCGGAUUCUACACAGUCUGAUUGUACACAGCGGCGCAGCUCUGGAGAACAAUAGGAAAAUGUGCUCCAUAGCCUAAAGGAGCCCAUCAGUGUCUCAGAGCAGGCAAGAGCAUCUCACAACCAAUAAUGAAUAAUAUUACCAUGUGGAAUACACUUAAAAUGAAUUUGCUGUCCAGAGAUUUCAUUAGACUCAUUCCCAGCCACUGAUGCUAUUUGGAUGCAAGAGAAACAACUCGGUCCCCAAACCGAAGGCGCUUUAAAUCAAUUGCUGUUAUUAUUUGGGGAUCCUUCUGUACCUCUUCAGGACUCGAUACCUUGUUUUAUUUAAACAAAUAUUAUUUUCUAAACAUACUUAACCGAACAAAUCUAAACAAAUAUUAUUACUUAUCUAAACAAAUGAUAUUUUCAUGGAGGGUUCAACAUGAAUCAUAGAAUUGAAGGGACCAGGAAUCUUUUUGCCCAGUGUGGGGCUUGAACCCACAACCCUGAGAGAUUAAGAAUCUCAUGCUCUACUGACGGAGCUAUCCCGGCCCAUCUGUGCUUCCAACAGUGGCUUCUCCUUUAAAUUCCUGGGCGUCCCUUUUAGUGAAGAUCUUACUUGGAAGGUCAAUACAGCCCAGGUGGUUAGGAAGGCCCAACAGACUUCAUUUCCUUAGGGUCUUGUGAAAGAACAAUGUUAGACAGCAACUGAUGAUUUCCUUCUAUCGGUCCACAAUAGAAGUGUUCUCUCAUACUGUAUUACGGUGUGGUAUGCUGGUUUGACAGCCGUGGACAGAAAGUCCCUACAGAGGGUGGUGAAGACAGCACAGGAUAUCAUGGGCUGUCCCCUGAGUCCGCUAGAUGUUAUCGCAGGAGACCGUUGCCUCAGAAGAGCAAGGAACAUUCUCAGGGAUGACUCACACCCUGGCCAGCACCUUUUUAAUCUCCUGCCCAGGAGAUAUAGAAGCAUGAUAAGCUGCACCAACAGGUUAAAGACCAGUUUCUACCCAUGGGCCGUGAGGCUGCUGAAUGGAAGACAGCAACAUUGCAGCUGACGUUCGGGGUUGGUGGUCGUAUGACAGCACACAGAGUGUAACAAGGACUGAGAGAUUGUGGGAGGGGAGGGGGGCCCCCGUUUAAUCUCACUGUAAACAAGUGGUACAGUGACAAUAAAGUACCGUAUUUUUUGCUCUAUAAGACUCACUUUUUCCCUCCUAAAAAGUAAGGGGAAAUGCGUGUGCGUCUUAUGGAGCGAAUGCAGGCUGCGCAGCUAUCCCAGAAGCCAGAACAGGAAGAGGGAUCGCUGCUUUCGCUGCGCAGCGAUCCAUCUUGCUGUUCUGGCUUCUGAGAUUCAGAAUAUUUUUUUUCUUGUUUUCCUCCUCCAAAAACUAGGUGCGUCUUAUGGUCUGGUGCGUCUUAUGGAGCGAAAAAUACGGUGUUUCUAUUUAGACUGCCUCAGCUGGAUACUUCCAAGUGAGAAGUAGGAAGGCCCCUCAACAAUGUCUGGACUUGCUGCAGUGUGCCAGGCAUGUUGCUGUGUGCAUGACAGAGAUCCAGCUCAGGAGUAUGCCAACGGUAUGCUGAAUAGGCUCCAACUGGAGAUCCUCCAACCCUGUGCUUUGAGGCUUUCAUUUUAUUAUUGUGUUGCAAAUCGUACCAGUUUCGCUGGCGACGUUUUUGCAACCUGCCCUUGACCCAUUUGGAGUGAAGGGCACCAAAUGAAUAUAUUGAAUAAAUAAAGUUUCGGGAGGUUUUGGACCAUGCUGCUUCAUUUUAUUUAAACUUAAGAAAACAGGAGCAACGAAAAGUGGACCUGGAUUCUGCUUCAUAUAUGGCAUAAUAAAUUGGUUGGUUUUAAAAGUGGCCCAGGAUUUGAUGCAAUACAUUUGACUUUACCCCUCGGAAGGGGUGGGGAAGAGUAAUUUUAGAAGAAUUAAGGAAACUGUAUCAGCCAGCUUUUAUUUUGGGUUUGGCUGUUUUCCAUUGAGUUACAAUGGUCCUCGUCCCCAUCUUUGGUGUGCCUUAACCAUCCCCCAUUACUAAGCUUUUAGCUACAGCCCCAUGAAAGCAAAAUUGAAAUGACAAGAGUGCAACGGUCUACCGGUGUAGAUGCACCCUCAGUUUCUAAGUUCAUGUUGAGGUCUGAUUACUCAAUUGUAGACACCAAGAUAAAGACUUCCUUUGGGGAGUUUCCCUAGUUGUUAAAGUUGUUUUUACCUUUAUUAUAGAUCUGGGUGUUUUUGAACUUUUAAACUCACACGUUUCCAGAACCCCCAUUGCUUCUUACUCUACUGCUACUAAUCAUCUUCAUAUGUUUUUUGUGCGCGUGUAUAUUCUGCUUUACACGCAGAAGGUCCUGGGUUUGAGCCCCAGUGGAACCACUAAGUUGCUUAGGAGAUGCGGGUGGCGCUGUGGGUUAAACCACAGAGCCUAGGGCUUGAUGAUCACAAGGUCGGCGGUUCGAUUCCCCGCGACGGGGUGAGCUCCCAUUGCUCGGUCCCUGCUCCUGCCAACCUAGCAGUUUGAAAGCACGUCAAAGUGCAAGUAGAUAAAUAGGUACCGCUCCAGCGGGAAGGUAAACGGCAUUUCUGUGUGCUGCUCUGGUUCGCCAGAAGCGGCUUAGUCAUGCUGGCCACAUGACCUGGAAGCUGUACGCCGGCUCCCUCGAGAUGAGCACUGCAACCCCAGAGUCGGUCACAACUGGACCUAAUGGUCAGGGGUCCCUUUACCUUUACCUUUUAUGUUUUAUUUUUAAUUUUUAUCCAAGUGUUGGCAGUGAUAAUUUUUUGAGAAAAUUAUAUCAGUGGUGGUGAAGCGAGACUUCAGUAAGACUUUAGGAUGGGGUAGCCAACAUGGUGCUUUCUAGAUGUUGUGGUUUAUUUUUAAAUGUUUGUAUUUUGUUGUUGCAGUUGUUUGCUACCCUGGGCUCCUUUAGGGAGGAACGAAAGGAUAAUAUUGAUAUUAUUAGGUUGUAUCCAACAGUCGUCAAACUCAGAGUGGACAAAUGGAAAUUUCUGUCAGUGGCCCACAUUGAACUACCUGCUUCCAUUAGCUAAAGUGAGUGCAAGGACUUGUACCUAGUGCAACAUAACUUUUCCCCAUCUCCUCUCCAGAUUUGCCUGUUGUACCUCUCCCAGGUCCAUUUUGGAGGGUUAGGAGAACCCCACAAUCUCCUUAACGCCACAUUGAAUUUCACCCAUGCGCUGAGGAAACCUUAGUUGGAUGCGAACCAAUAAUAAUUGGCAAUGGGCUCCUUUGGGGAGGAAGAACAGAAUUAUUAUUACAGUGGUACCUCAGGUUAAGUACUUAAUUCAUUCCAGAGGUCCAUUCUUAACCUGAAACUGUUCUUAACCUGAAGCACCACUUUAGCUAAUGGGGCCUCCCACUGCCGCUGCGCCGAUGGAGCCUGAUUUCUGUUCUUAUCCUGAAGCAAAGUUCUUAACCUGAAGCACUAUUUCUGGAUUAGUGGAGUCUGUAACCUGAAGCAUAUGUAACCCGAGGUACCACUGUAUUAUCAUCAUCAUCAUCAUCAUCAUCCUCACCAUCAGAAUAACAAUAGUGGCCUGAUCAGUACCUACUUACAUGCAGACCCUGAUGCUUUUGUGGGUUCACAUUUCCCUGAAUCAAGUUUUUCAUUCCCUUACCUCCUUCCCUAUCCCAAACGGAACUGACCUUAGACUUCGCUUCUGUCCCUUUCCUGCUUUCCAUUCACAGAUAUGUAAAACUCAAGACACGAAAGCCGCAACGUCCUGCUGCAGCCCUUCCGUCCCGGUCCACUUCAACAUCCAGCAGGACUGUGGGCAUUUUGUUGCCACGGUGCCCUCCAGCAUGCUGAAAACCGCUUCCGCGGACGGCCAGGGCCCCUCCCGCGCCGCCACUGAGCAAGACUGCGUGGUCGUCAUCACCCGCGAGGUCCCGCAGCAGACUGCCGCCGACUUCGUGAGGGGUUCCGGCCCUUUCCACAAAGCGAAGCCGGAGCUGUACGAGCGGCGGGUGUGUUUCCUGCUCCUUCAACUCUGCAACGGGCUGGAGCACCUCAAGGAAUACAGCGUCAUCCACAGAGACCUUUGCCUCGAGAACUUGCUGCUGGUCCACUGCAGACCUCCCCCCAGCUGCAACAAAAGCAGAGAGGACAAACAUCUGCCGCGGCUCAUCAUCAGCAACUUUUUGAAAGCCAAGCAGAAGCCGGGCGCCGCCGAGUCCAAAGCGAAAAAGAACCAGGCUCGCUUGGCCCCGGAGAUCGUCUCCGCCUCCCAGUACAAAAAAUUCGACGAGUUCCAAACCGGCAUCCUCAUCUACGAGCUUCUGCACCAGCCCAACCCCUUCGAAGUGAAAGCCCACCUCCGGGAGCAGGAGUACAGCCAGGAAGACCUUCCCCCGUUGCCGCACCUCUCCAUUUAUUCUCGGGGGCUCCAGCAGCUGGCUCACUUGUUGCUGGAAGCAGACCCCAUCAAACGCAUCCGUAUCGUGGAGGCCAAGCAGAUCUUGCAGUGCCUGCUGUGGGGUCCCCGGAAAGACUUGACGGAUCAGGCCCUUAACCACGAGGAAGCGCUUCACAACUGGAUCGACAUGAAGCGGGCGUUGCUCAUGAUGAAGUUUGCCGAGAGGGCGGUGGACGCUGAGCGGAGUGUCGAGCUGGAGGACUGGCUGUGCUGCCAGUAUUUAGCCGCCGCAGAUCCACCUUCUCUCUGCAAGUCGCUGAAACAUCUUCAGCUCCUUUGAUUCUCCAUAGUGUGUGAAAAGGGCAUCGUUCGUUCUAAGGGCAGUGGACUAAGCACUUCCUUAAACAGAAAAUGUCACACACCUCCCGUCCCCUCUGUGGAAUGAUAAUUGCGUGAAACAUACCGUAUUUCAUACACAAACACAACGCAAAGAUCAAAACCUAUGUACAUUUCAGGAUAAAUACCAUUAUGAGUGUUGUAAACAGACUGCUGGAUUCCACCACCAAGUGUAUUGCUUCCUGGGUUACUCUUGGAGGUAAAUUAAAAAAAGAAAAAGAAGAAGGUAUGCGUAUUUCCUAAAUGGGAGGAGGGUUUCGUUCUUGUGAGAUUUUGUUGUUGUUUUGCUUUCCUAGUGAAUGUGCUCAAUCUUGGAGCAGAGGCUUAUUCGCUGUGAAAUAUCCUAAUAUAUUUUCUAUUAAAAAAAACCCCAGCAACAUUCUGCGUGAUUCCGGAUGGCGGCUUAAUUUUAUACACAGGUUGUUCAGAUACUGCAAAGAAGCCAUUGGCGACAGAGAAAAGGAGUAUGGCGUUUUGAUGGCAGCAGUGCGGUGUGGAUGCACACAUGAGGAGCACCUAUCCCAUAAUAUUUGACUGCCUGGAAGUAUUGUAUGUCUCACCAAACCCAUCCAGCUUUGCCCACUCAAGCCUUCCUGGCAGCCCUGCUCCAACUUUACCCUGCCCAGAGGGAUCACCAACCUCAUAGAUGUAGAAACAGGGAAGGAAGGUAACUUGAAGAGAAAUAAAUUGAGC